AUGCUGCACACGGCCUACAAUACCUACCGGCAGGACUACGCCCAGGAUGCUGACAGAGUCCAUACUAAACACAAGUUAGUUCAUCUAUAAAUAUAAUCCUUACUAAUCAAAUGCAAUCAAAUAAUGUUACACCCAGUGUAUUCGGAAAGUAUUCUGACCCCUUCCCUUUUCCACAUUUUGUUAUAUUACAGCCUAAUUCUAAAAUUGAUUUAAUCAAUACAUUCAUUGCGCUAUAACGGUGACAAAUGGUGUCCACAAACUGUUAGGGCCUACAUAAUGCUGUCCCAACAGCAGAGCUGGCUAUCAGCGGAGCCUUGUCUGACAGCGAAACAGUUCAUUCAGCCUCAUUUACUUCCUUUUAAAGAAACAUAGCUGAUAUGGCUGACUUCCUUAAACAAAUUUGGUUUCUACUGACAAUUGAAAUGUACAAACUAUGGCAUAAAGGGACGACGAGCGGAUAAGAGGCAAUCCGUAAUUUCAAUUAAGAUAUUAAUGAGCGAGCUAGGAUGGAUGUAGUCAAUAUAACUAUUUGUUCAGCACUUUUGAAAUGUACAGCGACUGAAUUCAGAACAUGGUGUGGUGACGUGACUUUCAUUAAUAUGAUGGCCGUUAUUUAUCGAAUCAACUAACUAUGUUUAAUUGUUACUCGAUUAAAUUAAUCAUGUAACAAAUGAACUCAUUAGGAUUUGGGGCACCAGGGAAGAAGUUGUUUAACGAGUUACCAUCUCCCGAAUUAAACUCUUAGAAGAUAUAUGUAUAUAUAUCACUUAUUAAUCUUUACCUCUUAUCAGUCUCAUUCUGAACGUUGCAUACUCCUUGAUAUCUGCAAGAACCCUAACCUUAUUGAUGAAUCAGCAAUACACAAAUUGGCUUAAUUAUUUAUUUACUAACUAACUAAAUAAUAACACAGAAUACAUAAACACACACAUACGGUAUAGGUUAUUGAUUACUAAAGUAAUACAAUGAAAACAGGUCCCUAGUGGACUAACAAAAGCAUGACUGCUUCGUUAUCAAAAGGGAGGGGUCAGAAAGAGAGAGGAAGAGGGAGAGACAAAGAGAGAUUCAAACUUAUCGCUUAUACAUUUGGAAACUACGCUCACAGAAAUCAGAAUACUUAGCACCCUAACCACUGCCCAUUCGGAUAAGAAAUGCAAUGUAUACAUUUACGUGUAGAUGUCUUUGUUCGUCGUCUAUCUCUGUUGGACUCGAUCGAUCCUUCUAUGGGAAAGGGAUCGAUCGAGUUGGCUUUAGUGUCCCUUUUCAGUGUAAGGCUCGGCUUGUCCACGAGAGGUCACAAUGUCCUUCUUUGUAGAGCUUCUCAGGUUGUGAAGUGUUUGUUAGAAUAGAUACUUCAGUUGCACCAAUGGUUGUCUGAGAUGAGCUUCUCCUUAAUUCCCACCUCGUGUCUUCAGUCAAAGUUCGAGACUACUUUACAUGUACAGCUGCAGACUGAGAUGAUAAGGUCUAGUGCAUUGUCUUCUUCUUCACCUCGUGUAGAGGUUGAGAGUUUCAGAGUUUCCCACCAUUUUACACGCCAGUAGCAACCCGGCAAUGUUCUGGUCUGAGAGUUUCAACCAUUUGUAACGUUUAGCUCACACCUCACGUCUGCUGGUCAUUCUGGUCUAACCAUUUUAAGCCGUGUAGCCACAGCUCCACGCAUCCUGGUCUGAGAGUUUCAACCAUUUCGUAACGUUCAGCUCCCGCUGCAUGUCGGCUGGUCUGUAGAGGUUCAACCAUUUGUAACGUGAGCUCGCGCUUCACAUCGACUGGUCUAAUGUACAUUUUUGUUACCAAGGCUUUUAUACUCGGGUAAAAAGGGGGCAUUCCAUCACGACGACACAAUGUCUGUGCUCACUUGGGCGGGGUUACUGACUGGGCAAAAGUUUAUAUAAAACAAUUAUCUCAUUAGAAGAAUAAAAUCACAUUGCUAUCUUCACAAAAGUACUCUCAUACUUAUUCAUAUAUUUUGUACAACAUUUAGAUGUAAACUUGAUAAGUUGAAUGUGUACACUUUCAGAGUUACAGUUAUUUAUUCAUACCAUCCUUAAUGACAUCACAAAAUAAUAAACAAUAUGAAAGGUUUAUUCUUUAGGUCCCCACUGACCAUUCCAAACAUUUGGAUGUCAGAAAUAAUGUUCCAAUGUCCUUUUAUUGACGUAAAAGUUUUGGCAGCAAACGUAUCUCUGUAACAAAUAGAUUUCUUUCCCAAUACUGCAGGGCAAGAAAGACCUGUUUGCGGCACACAAUUUAAGGGUGUUAAGGUGUCAAAACUGGCACAACUCCCCCCUCUCCUCUCCUGUGUGAGAGACGGGGGGUCUGGCUGUCUGUCAGCCAUUUGCCAAUUUGAUCUGGCACCUUUGAUCCUCACUGAGGAGAGAGUCUAGACAGUGGGCCAUUCUUACAUUAUUCUCCCUGUACACCAAGUCAGAACCGUAGGAUAAAUAAAGGGGGCAUAUAAGCAGACAAUGAAAGCUCUUACAAUAUUCUAUGACAUUUCUCUAAAACAGGCUAUAGGCUACAUGUGUACCACCAAGUCAGAACAGUAGACUAAGUUUGGAGGGGGAAUGGGACCAAAUUAUUAGGGUGGGCUAUUAACAGCUUACUACACAACAUACACUUAGUAUUACUUUCUUAGCUACAGUAUACAUAUCUCCCUGGCAUAUUACAUCAUUUAUGCAGCAGUAUAAAAUAAAUAUUUGGACUCACCUUGUUGUGCUGUGCUCACUUGAACAGGAAGGUGGCGCGGCGUCCUUCGUGGGCAAAUUUUGUCAUCAAACUUUGUCAUCAAAGUCUGGUAUUCUCUGGAUUUAUGGUGCUUUCAAGACAACUGGGAACGUGGAAAAAAACAAGGUUGAAUCAUGACGUCAGUGAGAUUCAGUUCGGAGCUCUAGAAAGAGGCCCAGAGUUCCCAACUUGGAAUUCCGAGCUGGAUGAACGUACUAAACGUAUUUUCCCAGUCGGAACUCGUUUUUUUCUGAGUUCCCAGUUGUCUUGAACUAACUGAAGUCUGAGAUUUCGCAGUUCUGAGUUUCCAGUUGUUUUGAACACGGCAGAAGUCAUGCUGGAUUGGCAGCAUGGCCAAUGUAUUCAACCUCUUCUGGCCCAUUGUGUUGAAUGUUUAUCCUUUUAAGCUUGGAAACGAGACCCUUAAACCCAGACUUGGACCACACACCCACUCCACUGAAUAACAGGUUACUGAUUGCUUUGCAAUGCUUGCAGUUAGCCACUGAUUCCUUCCAAACCACUCAUUGUUGAAUUUGCGAUUUCCAACUUGUUGUGUAAUAAUUAUGUCCAAUGGCCGAUGAACUCUGCCCCACCUGCCCUGAAUGACGUGUCGCCACUGGUUACACCACUCCCAUACCAAAAGUAAUACACUUUUCCCAUUUAUUUUUAGAAAGUUCAGACACGUUGCCUACAGGCAGUUCGUCGGUGGGAUAACAAAUAGGUUCCCAAAUGAGGAGAACCUGUUACCAUAAAAAUAAUUCUAACACUUUUUUAAACCUUUUUAUUAAGAGGUAUAAAAAUAUAUGUUAUACCAAUACUGGUACAUCACUUUUGUUAUGGGUCUUUUUUUAUCUGUCACAUUCCACUUUGGGGUCACAGUCCCCAUAAUAAUGAUAGUUCAUAGAUGAUAACAAUAAUACAAUUUAAAAAUACAACAAAUAAUUAUAUACAUUUGUAUAUAUUUCUUUAUGGAGGAUUGAGUUCCACUCUGAAAUAUUGGCUGCAGCAGCAGAGACACGCAGCGCUUGGUGUGAGGAGUGUCAAGGAGCCCAACAUCCGAUGAACAGAGAACGCGGGCGGGUGUGUAGGUGUGGAGUUAGGCUUGUUACAGGCUCAAAGUGCUGCUUUCACUUAUCCAAUUAUUUCAGCUCAGUCAUGGUAAGUGAACAAGGACAGAGGGUACAAGGGAACAACUCUGUGUAACAAAACCCUAAUGAACAGUUACAGCUCUACCCUUGCAAACAGACAGAAAUCAGCUUAGGGCUGAAUGCAGGUGUGUUGAUGGCAGCGUGAAAUAAGAAGGCUGAUGUUGGACUGAGGUGGUAUUCAGGUUCCUAGAGGAAGAGGUAGGGAGAAAGAAAGAAACAUAAAUUAGAAUGCUACUCAAGUUACGGCUGGGCGAUAUAUAUAUCAUUAAUUUGAAUUUGUUAUAGCGCGAUAUUCCUGUAUCGCAAGAAUCAUGGUUUUAUUAGCAUUUUUUUUGUUUUUAUGGUUGUUCUGUGUCUUUUUGGUCUCGUCUCCUUCGCUCCUUCUGUGCUGUGUGCACUGUGCACCUUCUCACAUGCACAGACACUAAGCCCCUCCCCCUACCACUCACAACAAUGAAAGAUAACUUAUUUCUCUCUGACAACAAGCAGUUUAAAGUCACUAUUUGCAUUUGAGGUUUGGUCUAACAUAAUUGGUCAUUUGGACAUAAUUUUACUGUAAAAGACGAGAACUUAACCUUUCUAACAAUACCCUUUUUGUCUUAACUCCCAAAAUGUAGAACAGAGCAGAACUUACUAAAUCAAGAGCAUCAAUUAACAUGAUUGUGGAAAAUUAAUGCUCAGUUUGUCACUCGCUGCAUUGCAGCACCAUGUACCGCUAGCAGCAGUUUAGCCACAGACAGUUAUGUGCUAGCUGUCUAGUCUGUGUUUUAUAAAUGUGCCAUGAGCAUGAAAAGACAAAUUUAUAUAAGGAAUUGGCAACUUGUUCUCAUUCUGAGAAAUAAGCAUAUUCUUAUCCAGAUAGGCCACUUCAUUUCAAUAUCUAAACAAAGUGAACAGGCUAUGUUGUUCAAACAGUUGGAGACAGACAGUAGAUUGUGUUCAUAACAGUUCAACUGUUGUACCUUUUUAGCAAGCAAAUAGAUCCAAGUUGGCUAGACUUUAAAUAUCAAGAUUAGCUGGCUACUCACUAGCACGUGGGCUUGUGUUUGAGAGAUUGUUUAUAUGACCUGUGUUAAUUAAGCAAUAAGGUGGUUAUAUGGCCAAAAUACCACGGCUAACAUGCUGACCAGACUGCGUGCGUCUGCAUUUUGAUUUUGUCCACCCACCCCAGACAUGAUCAGGACACGCAGGUUGAAAUAUCAAAACGAACUCUGAACCAACUAUAUUAAUUUGGGGACUGGUCGAAAAGCAUGAAACAUUUAUGUCAAUUUAGCUAGCUAGCUAGCUUGCUGUUGCUAGCUAAUUUGUCCUGGGAUAUAAACAUUGGGUUGUUAUUUUACCUGAAAUGCACAAGGUCCUCUACUCCGACAAUUAAUCCACAGAUAAAAGGGGAAACUGAGUUUGUUUCUAGUAAUCUCUCCUCCUUCUUUGGACUUUAUGGUGGUUGGCAACCAACUUUAAGGUGCAUUACCACCACCAACUGGACUCAAGUUCUCACGUAUUGUAAAACAUUUAGACUUUGAGUCAUAUUAUGACAUAGUAUAUUACCAGUGAGAUAACAACAAUACAUACUGCUUGAGUACUGUCUCAAGCCAAGACACGAGGAGACCUACCCACAUGUAAAAUUGCCCUACACUUACAUUUGAGUCAUUAUCAAUAGUGAUUUACAGUUAAUGCAUUCAUCUUAAGAUAUCUAUUAUAUAGCAAUUAAGAUUACUUUCUAAAAACAAAAAGAAAGUGAAAAUUGUUAUUACUAUUGGUAUGGGGGGAGGUGUAUUUGUAUUUAUGAUGUAUCCCCAUUUGCUGCUGCCAAGGCAGCAGCUACUCUUCCUGGGGUCCAGCAACAUAAGACAGUUACAUACAGUUUAAAAUACUACAUGACAUUACAUUUCAUAACACCUUACCCAACACAUUCAGUGUGUUCCCUCAGUCCACCACUCCACCACUGCAUAUCAGCAAUACAAAAUCCAUGUGUACGUGUGUGUAGAGUGCAUGUCUUAUCAUGUGUAUGUGUGUCUGUUCCUGUGUGUGUCUCUUCACAGUCACCGCUGUUCCAUAAGGUGUAUUUUUAUCUGUUUUUUUUAUCCAAUUCCACUGCUUGCAUCAAUUACCUGAUGUGGAAUAGAGUUCCAUGUAGCCAUAGCUCUAUGUAGUACUGUGUGUCUCCCAUAGUCUGUUCUUGACUUGGGGAUUGUGAAAAUACCUUUGGUGGCAUGUCUUGUGGGGUAUGCAUGUGUGUCCGAGCUGUGUGCUAGUAGUUUAAACAGACACCUUGAUGCAUUCAGCAUGUCAACACUUCUUACAAAAACAAGUAAUGAUGAAGUCAAUCUCUCUUAUAUAUCUCCACAAUAUAGCAGGGGGUGUAAAGCCAUAACACAUGCGUUUUUCAAUCAGCAGAAUAUGAUCGAUAAUGUCAAAAGCCGCACUGAAGUCUAACAAAACAGCUCCGACAAUCUUUUUAUUAUCAAUUUCUCUCAGCCAAUCAUCAGUCAUUUGUGUAAGUGCUGUGCUUGUUGAAUGUCCUUCCCUAUACAGUGGGGGGAAAAAGUAUUUAGUCAGCCACCAAUUGUGCAAGUUCUCCCACUUAAAAAGAUGAGAGAGGUCUGUAAUUUUCAUCAUAGGUACACGUCAACUAUGACAGACAAAAUGAGGGAAAAAAAAUCCAGAAAAUCACAUUGUAGGAUUUUUUAUGAAUUUAUUUGCAAAUUAUGGUGGAAAAUAAGUAUUUGGUCAAUAACAAAAGUUUCUCAAUACUUUGUUAUAUACCCUUUGUUGGCAAUGACACAGGUCAAACGUUUUCUGUAAGUCUUCACAAGGUUUUCACACACUGUUGCUGGUAUUUUGGCCAAUUCCUCCAUGCAGAUCUCCUCUAGAGCAGUGAUGUUUUGGGGCUGUCGCUGGGCAACACGGACUUUCAACUCCCUCCAAAUAUUUUCUAUGGGGUUGAGAUCUGGAGACUGGCUAGGCCACUCCAGGACCUUGAAAUGCUUCUUACGAAGCCACUCCUUCGUUGCCCGGGCGGUGUGUUUGGGAUCAUUGUCAUGCUGAAAGACCCAGCCACGUUUCAUCUUCAAUGCCCUUGCUGAUGGAAGGAGGUUUUCACUCAAAAUCUCACGAUACAUGGCCCCAUUCAUUCUUUCCUUUACACGGAUCAGUCGUCCUGGUCCCUUUGCAGAAAAACAGCCCCAAAGCAUGAUGUUUCCACCCCCAUGCUUCACAGUAGGUAUGGUGUUCUUUGGAUGCAACUCAGCAUUCUUUGUCCUCCAAACACGACCAGUUGAGUUUUUACCAAAAAGUUAUAUUUUGGUUUCAUCUGACCAUAUGACAUUCUCCCAAUCCUCUUCUGGAUCAUCCAAAUGCACUCUAGCAAACUUCAGACGGGCCUGGACAUGUACUGGCUUAAGCAGGGGGACACGUCUGGCACUGCAGGAUUUGAGUCCCUGGCGGCAUAGUGUGUUACUGAUGGUAGGCUUUGUUACUUUGGUCCCAGCUCUCUGCAGGUCAUUCACUAGGUCCCCCCGUGUGGUUCUGGGAUUUUUGCUCACCGUUCUUGUGAUCAUUUUGACCCCACGGGGUGAGAUCUUGCGUGGAGCCCCAGAUCGAGGGAGAUUAUCAGUGGUCUUGUAUGUCUUCCAUUUCCUAAUAAUUGCUCCCACAGUUGAUUUCUUCAAACCAAGCUGCUUACCCAUUGCAGAUUCAGUCUUCCCAGCCUGGUGCAGGUCUACAAUUUUGUUUAUGGUGUCCUUUGACAGCUCUUUGGUCUUGGCCAUAGUGGAGUUUGGAGUGUGACUGUUUGAGGUUGUGGACAGGUGUCUUUUAUACUGAUAACAAGUUCAAACAGGUGCCAUUAAUACAGGUAACGAGUGGAGGACAGAGGAGCCUCUUAAAGAAGAAUUUACAGGUCUGUGAGAGCCAGAAAUCUUGCUUGUUUGUAGGUGACCAAAUACUUAUUUUCCACCAUAAUUUGCAAAUAAAUUCAUAAAAAAUCCUACAAUGUGAUUGCCUGUCAUAGUUGACGUGUACCUAUGAUGAAAAUUACAGGCCUCUCUCAUCUUUUUAAGUGGGAGAACUUGCACAAUUGGUGGCUGAUUAAAUACUUUUUUCCCCCACUGUAAGUGUGCUGAAAGUCUUAUCAAUUUGUUUACAGUAAAAUAGCAUUGUAUCUUUUCAAACACAAUUUUUUCCAAAAGUUUACUAAGCGUUGGUAACAGGCUGAUUACUGGCUCAAAUAGCCGACCAAAGGGGGCUUUACUAUUCUUGGGUAGCGGAAUUACAUUUGAUUCCCUCCAGGCCUGAGGGCACACACUUUCUAGUAGGCUUAGAUUGAAGAUAUGGCAAAUAGGAGUGGCAAUAUCGUCCGCUAUUAUAUUCAGUAAUUUUCCAUGAAGUUGUCAGACCCCAGUGGCUUAUCAUUGUUGAUAGACAUUAAUUCUUUCACUUCUUCCACAUUCACUUUACAGAAUUCAAAAUUACAAUGCUUGUCUUUUAUCAUUUGAUCAGCGUUUGUUGUUGGCAUGUCAUGCCUAAGUUUGCUAAUCUUGACAAUGAAAAAAUCAUUAAAGUAGUUAGCAAUAUCAGUGGGUUUUGUGAUGAGUGAGCCAUCUGAUUCAAUGAAUGAUGGAGCUGAGUUGGCCUUUUUGCCCAAAAUGUAAUUGAAGAUGCUUCAAAGCUUUUUACUAUCAUUCUUUGUCAUUUAUCUUUGUUUCAUAGUGUAGUUUAUUCUUCUUUUUAUUCAGUUUAGUCACAUGAUUUCUCAAUUUUCAGUACAUUUGCUAAUCGGUUGUACAGCCAGACUUAUUUCCCAUUCCUUUUGCCUCAUCCCUCUCAACCAUAACAUUUUUCAAUUCCUCAUCAGUCCACGGGGAUUUAACCGUUUUUACAGUCAUUUUCUUAAUGGAUGCAUGCUUAUUAGUAACUAGAAUAAGCAAUUUCAUAAAUGUGUCAAGUGCAGCGUCUGGUUGCUCCUCAUUACAUACCAAUAAAUAUUCUUUACAUCAACAACAUAGGAAUCACUACAAAACAUAUUGUAUGACCUCUUAUACUCAAUGUGACCGACCGCCUCGAUUCGGUCUUAUUUAGCAAAAUUAGAUUAUUAUAUUUUUUUUACAUUGGAUUAAUGUCAAGACAUAGAGCUAGAAAAUUGUAUAUCAUACACUGCAGUUGAGGAAUAAUGGGAAAGUAAUUCUGCUUAGAAAGUUGAUAAACUUGUAACCUCACUUUUUUAGAAAAUGGUCCUUGAAUGUUUUUGUACACCUACUGGAGAGCUCUGUUUUGUCUACACCCAUUCAGCAUUGUUCACACCCUCUUAAGCCUUAGCCCACCCAUCUCUUGAAAGAUUCACAUGUGAGGCCAUGUGGUUUAAACAUGCUAUAACUGUCACAGAUUCAGCUGAGGCUGCCCCUCCUCCUUGCUCGGGCAGGCUUCGGUGUUCGUCGUCCCAGGAGUACUAGCUGCUACCGAUCUAUGUUUCUGUGUUUGACUUGAUGGGUCUUGAUUGUCUACACCUGUUUCCCAUUAUGUUGUAUUGUCUUCCCUAUUUAACCCUCUGUCUUUCAUUGUGUGUUGUGUUUGAUUGUAUUUUCGUCAUCGGCAGUUGUUAGUAUGCAGGUUAUUUUCCUCCCCGUGUGGAGGUUGUAUGUACUCAGUUUACUUUCUAGUAAAGUACGUUUCCAGUAAGCUCUGUGUCCUGCGUUUGACUUCGCCCACCGCAUUUCACUGACGCUUAUGACAGAAUCACACACCACUGAAAUGGAGUCAGCAGGAGCAGAGGUGCCAGCAGGAUCAAUGGAAGAACGCGUACAACAACAAGCGGCCAUGAUCCAGGCUCUCGGCACCGCCAUGGAACGUGUAGUGAACACCAUGGAGCGAUGGGAGAGAGGAGUUCUGCCUACACCUCCUCCGAUUACACCACCACCAUCAUCGAUACCCAUCGCUUCACCUCCAGGGUCCAGUGGGAUUCGGCUCUCGCUCCCGAGGGCUUAUGAUGGCACAGCUGCCGGGUGUCAGGGUUUCCUGCUCCAGGUCGAACUCUACCUGGCAACCAUCCACCCGGUCCCCUCGGGAUACGAGAGCGUGUCCGCCCUCAUCUCCUGUCUGUCCGGCAAGGCGCUGGAGUGGGCCAACGCCGAGUGGGGGGGAAUAGACGCCGCUACUGUCAACUAUGCAGAGUUCACCCGCCGCUUCAGGGUGGUAUUCGAUCAUCCACCAGAAGGAAAAGCGGCGGGUGAGCAUCUAUUCCACCUCAGACAGGGGAAGAGGAGCACGCAGGAAUUCGCAUUGGACUUUCGGACUUUGGCUGCUAACGCGGGAUGGAAUGAGAGGGCCCUCAUCGACCACUACCGAUGUAGCUUGAGGGAGGACGUGCGUCGGGAAUUGGCCUGCAGGGACACCAACAUAAGCCUGGACCAACUGGUGGACAUGUCGAUUCGUCUGGAUACCCUGUUGGCUACCCGCGGACGUCCGGAUCCGGGGCCGUCCAUUCCAUCCCCCAGCACUUCCGAGCCUACCCCUAUGGAGCUCGGAGGUGCUGGUAUGAGGGAGACCAGGAGAGGGGCCGUCCCCUGCACCAACUGUGGCCGCAGAGGACACACUGCUGGUCGGUGCUGGGGAGGGUCUCCCAGGAGUCGAGGCAGUAGGCAGCGCACUGAUGAGCCAUUCCAGGUGAGUAGGCACCCAACUCACCCAGAGCUCCCUGUUGCGCAUAUGUGUAUUAAUGUUGUGUUUCCCGAGGUUUCUCCUCAUUCCCAGCAUAAGGCGCUAGUAGAUUCAGGCGCAGCUGGGAACUUUAUCGAUCGUCAGUUUACCUAUAAGUUAGGGAUUCCUAUUGUUCCAGUUGAUGUGCCCUUCCCUAUCCAUGCCCUAGAUAGCCGCCCUUUGGGGUCAGGGUUGAUUAGGAAAGUCACAGCGCCUCUCAGGAUGAAAACGCAGGAGGGCCAUGAGGAGAUAAUUAGCUUGUAUCUGAUUGAUUCUCCUGCGUUUCCGGUGGUGUUGGGGCUUCCCUGGUUAACUUCUCAUGACCCCAAUAUUUCAUGGCAACAGAGGGCUCUCAAGGGAUGGUCUGAUCAGUGCUUGGGGAGGUGUGUAGGUGUUUCCGUAGGGGCAAUGACGGUGGAAAAUCCGAACCAAGUUCCCACCAUGCACAUUCCGCCUGAAUAUGCCGAUUUGGCUCUCGCCUUCUGUAAAAAGAAGGCAACUCAAUUACCACCCCAUCGACAGGGGGAUUGUGCGAUAAACCUCCAAGUAGGCGCUGCGCUUCCCCGAAGUCAUGUGUAUCCUCUGUCUCAGGAGGAGACGGCGGCUAUGGAGACAUAUGUCACCGAAUCUCUGAGACAGGGAUACAUACGGCCGUCCACUUCCCCUGCGUCAUCAAGUUUCUUUUUUGUGAAGAAGAAGGAUGGUGGUUUACGCCCGUGCAUUGACUACCGUGGUCUCAAUCAGAUCACAAUCAAAUACAGCUAUCCACUCCCUCUGAUUGCUAGUAUGACAGAGUCAUUACACGGGGCGCGCUUCUUCACAAAAUUGGAUCUCAGGAGCGCGUACAACCUGGUGCGUAUUAGGGAGGGAGAUGAGUGGAAGACAGCAUUUAGUACCACCUCGGUGAGUACCUCGUCAUGCCAUACGGUUUGAUGAAUGCUCCUUCAGUCUUCCAAUCGUUUGUGGAUGAGAUUUUCCGGGACCUGCAUGGACAGGGUGUAGUGGUGUAUAUCGAUGACAUUCUAAUAUACUCCGCUACACGAGCCGAGCAUGUGUCCCUGGUUCGUCGGGUGCUUGGUAUACUGUUGGAGCAUGACCUGUAUGUGAAGGCGGAGAAAUGUCUGUUCUUCCAAGAGUCCAUCUCCUCUCUGUUUUUAGCUACAUCUUUGUUUGGCCAGCGUUGUAUCAAGUCACUCCGGUUCACACUGACGGUGGUGUGUACAGAAAGUAGCCCAUCAUUUUUUCCAAAUGAUCUGUCAAUAGUGCCUGCUAAAUUCAGGGCAUCAAUGUUGUUGAGAAAAGUAGCACAACUUUUGUAGUUCUCGAUGGCUAAGGUUAUAUUUUUCAAAAACGGUGCGGUAGAAAGGACUAUCAAGACAUACUGAACAGCUCACAUUACAGACAGAAGCAUGCUACAUGGCAGACCAAUCCAAACUCAUCUCCCGGUAUGUCCAGCCCAUUCAUUAUCUCAGACAAUCAUGGCUAGUGGGAAGAUUCAUGUAUUUUUCCAUGGCUAAACUAACUAGGCUCGUAAUUUAACAAUUGUAUAUGUAUUUAUGUAUGGAAUACAAGUUUGUUAUUAAGGAACAUGAAAGUUCACAUGUUUCAGAAGGCAUUUCUGCCAAAAAACGCAUUUUGAUAAAAAAUUAAAAUGUUUACGUUCAAAUCCCUCUCCUGUGAAGUAGUGACAUGUGACAUAUGCCUAGUUUCCUGAAACAAGUCACAUAUUAGGCCCAGCCUUUGGAACUUUGGUUUUCCUAGAUAUGGCUACUAUAUUGUGAUCACUAUAUCUGAUGGAUUUGGAUACUGCUUUAAAGCAAAUUCCUGAAGCAUUAGUAAAGAUGUGAUCAAUACAUGUUGAUGAUUUAAUUCCUGUGCUGUUUGUAACUACCUUGGUAGGUUGACUGAUAACCUGGUUGCAGGCACUAGUUACAGUUUGAAGCUUUCUCUUGAGUGGGCAGCCUGAUGAAACGCAGUUCAUAUUUAAAAUCACCCAGAAAAUAUACAUCUCUGUUGAUGUCACAUACAUUAUCAAGCAUUUCACACGUUAUCCAGAUACUGACUGUUAGCACUUGGUGGUCUAUAUCAGCUUUCCACCAGAAUGGGCUUUAGUUGAGGCAGAUGAACCUGUAGCCAUAUUACUUCAACAGUAUUUAACAUUAGAUCCUCUCUAAGCUUUACAGGAAUGUGAUUCUGAAUAUAAAACGGCAACACCUCCACAUUUGGCAUUUCUGUCUGUUCUGUAGAUGUUAUAACCAUGUAUUGCUACCACUGUAUCAUCAAAGGUAUUAUCAAAGUGAGUUUCAGAGAUUGUCAGAAUAUGAAUGUCAUCUGUUACUAGUAAAUUAUUGAUUUCAUGAACCUUUCUUCUUAAGCUACAUAUGUUAACGAUAACUAUUUUUAACAAUUUUCUGGGAUGCUUGAUUGUUUUCAUUGCUUUACUGGGAAGCUUAGCAGAAGUAGACAUGCUGAUGUUAUUUAUGUUAGUGCAUGGUGAGCCGCACACAGUGGACUUCCUACUAGGGCACAGCACCUCAGUGCUAACAGUAUAACUUUGGUUCAUAGGCACAUGAUUACUGCAUACAAUAGCUGUGGGAUCAGCAGAGGCAUUCAGGGCAGUAAGAGACCGUAAAUUAUUUGAGAACAUUAUUUUGAUUUCAUUAUUGCAUUCGAUUAGUGAGGAUUCUAUUUAUAGAUUGACUAAAGCGUGUUGAGAAUGGACUCUGUCAGCAUUAUGGGCGUAGUCCUGCCGGUAGGUAUUGUAGGCCGUUCGCAGCACAUUGACAUCCAGGCAGACAGCAACCCACUCCUUCCUCUGUCAUCAUGGACGUUGGACAGGGGAGGUGAACAGGAUGCUACGGGUCAACUACCAUACCAGUUACAGCUGGUAUGGUUCACUGUCAAUAACAAACAUCAACACAAUUCACAGAACAGUCAACAUUGCCAGCAAGGUCUGCAGUAUCAAGUGCCAAAGUAUCUCAUCACUCCACAAAUCCAGAACCAUCCACAAAGCCAGACGAAUCAAUAAAGACAUCACACACCCGCUGUACAACUAGGAUCAACUGCUACAUUCCGUCCGAAGACCAAAAAUUCCAGCAUGAAAAGUAUGAAAGAAAUCUAUGCACUCACUACUGUAAGUCGGUCUGGAUAAAUCAAAUUGUUUUUGUCACCUGCACCGAAUACAACAGGUGUAGACUUUACCAUUAAAUGCUUACGUACGAGCUCUUUCCCAACAAUGCAGAGUUAAAAAGUCUGAAAAAUGUGCAGAAAACGAAAUAGUAACACAAUAACGAGACCAUAUACAAAGAGUACCGGUACCGAGUCAAUGUGCAUGAGUACGAUGUAGUUGAUGUAGUAUGUACAUGUAGGUAGGGGUAAAAGUGACUAGGCAAUCAGGAUAGAUAAUAAACAGAGUAGCAGCAGCAUAUGUGAAGAGUGUGUGUAUUAUCUCAAUAUGCGUGUGUGUGUUUUGUGUGUGUGAGCGUAUGUAGUGUGUGUGUGUGUGUGUGUGUGUGUGUGUGUGUGUGUGUGUGUUGGAGUGUCAGUGUAGUACAUGUGAGUGUGUGGGUAAAGUCCAGUGCAUAGAGCCGGUGCAAGAGAGUCAGUAAAAAUAAAAAGGGGGUCAAUGCAAAUAGUCAGGGUAGCCGUCUGCAUAAGUCUGCAGUCAGCAGUCUUAUGGCUUGGAUGUAGAAGCUAUUCAGGAGCCUUUUGGUCCGAGACUUGGCGCUCCGGUACCACUUGCCAUGCGGUAGCAGAGAGAACAGUCUAUGACUUGGGUGGCUGGAGUCUUUCACAAUGUUUCGGGCCUUUCUUCUGACACCGCCUGGUAUAGUUUGCUUUCCCUCCUUCAGUCUAUGAGGCUGUAACCAGUGUAUAACCACAGAGUGUUCAAACCUUUAGUAUACCGUUUUUACCUGUUCUGAAGACAUUAUAAAAUUGAAUAUUUUCAAUUUCCUACUAAACAGCACAGCCAAAAAGUCAAAAUUGGUUAAAUAGUUAAAAUUCAUGAAAGUUAGCUUUUUGGUCUUAAUUUAAGGAUAUAGUUAGGCAUAAGGCUAGCAGUGUGGUUAGGGUUAGGGUUAAGGAGGGUUAGGUUUAAAAUCAGAUUUUAAGAAGCUCUAGCAGGGAAGAAAUUUGACGAACUGACUUGCUGGAAAGGUGGCAUCCUAUGAUGGUGCCACAUUGAAAGUCACUGAGCUCUUCAUAAAGACCAUUCUACUGCCAAUGCUUGUCUAUGGAGAUUGCAUGACUGUGUGCUCGAUUUUACACACCUGUCAGCAACAAGUGUAGCUGAAAUAGCCGAAUCCACUAAAUUGAAGUGGUGUGGACAUGCUUUUGUAUAUAUAAUGUAGUUAGCAGUGCAGCUUUAAUGCGGCAACGUAAUUUGUUUGCAUGCUAGGCAGAGUGUAAACACAGAAAAUCACAGAUAUAAUGUGGGAUUUUCCCGUAGAGAAGAUUUAGUUUAGGAGCAUUGCAUGGUGUAUGUUCCAAGCGCUCUCUGCCUCUGUUACAUAACGUGUGUAGAUUAAAUUGUGUGUGUGUGUGCAUUGUUAGUGACCAACUGUGAAACAAUGUGAAAUAGACACACAUGGUGUCUCCUUGUAGUUACCAUAGAUAUAUUGUAUGUGUUAGUCAUUCCUUGUUGUUUGCUGACGUCAUCCUACUGUCUUGUUUCCAGCUACAGAGGAAGAGACUCCAUGAUGUUAGCUGGCAGUGGUACUUCCUCUUGUUAUAGAUAGCACAAUAGGGGGGUCCAUUUCCUGAAUCGGUCCUCAACCACCUGCUGGAGUGGUUGUGUGUGUGUGUGUGUGUGUGUGUGUGCGUGCGUGCAUGUACUGUAGAUCUGAGGCCUGUGUCUUUCAACUUCCUCCUCUCAAGGCUUCCUUCUAAGGUCUUAUGUAUUCCCCUCAGGGCCAGGGGCCUUUCCAAUAUUAUCAGACUCACCCCAGUUACCCACUGUCAUAGUGUCAGCUCAUCUGUGACCUGUGUCUUAGGGCCCUCUCAGAGGAGGCUGGUGGGAGGAGCUAUAGGAUGACGGGCUCAUUGUCAUGGCUGGAAUGAAAUAAAUGGAACAGGUUUCCGUAUGUUUGAUAGCGUUCCAUUUAUUCCAUUCCAGCCAUUACAAUGAGCCCAUCUUCCUAUAGCUCCCACCAGCCCCCUGUGUGCCUUCUACUCUUCAUACUCAGUAGGUCUCACUUGCAUAGAAACAUAGAAACAAUGUUUUCACAGUAUUUAUACUGAACAAAAAUAUAAAUGCAACAUGUAAAGUGUUGGUCCUAUGUUUGUGGUCCUCUGUAGCUCAAUUGGUAGAGCAUGGCGCUUGUAACGCCAGGGUAGUGGUUUCGAUCCCCGGGACCAUCCAUACGUAAAAAUGUAUGCACACAUGACUGUAAGUCGCUUUGGAUAAAAGCGUCUGCUAAAUGGCAUAUUAAUGUUUCAUGAGCUGACAUAAAAGAUCCCAGGAAUUGUCCAUACGCACGAAAAGCUUAUUUCUCUCAAAUGUUGUACAUAAAUGUGUUUCCAUCCCUGUUGCUGAGCAUUUCUCCUCUGCCAAGAUAAUCCAUCCACCUGACAGGUGUGGCAUAUCAAGGAGCUGAUUAAACAGCAUGAUUAUUACACAGGUGCACCUUGUGUUGGGGACAAUAAAAGGCCAAUCUAAAAUGUGCAGUUUUGUCACACAACACAAUGCCACAGAUGUCUCAAGUUGAAGGAGCGCGCAAUUGUUAUUCUGACUGCAGGAAUGUCCACCAGAGCUGUUACCAGAGAAUUGAAUGUUCAUUUCUCUACCAUAAGCCGCCUCCAACGUCGUUUUAGAGAAUUUGGCAAUACGUCCAACCGGCCUCACAACCGCAGACCACGUGUAACCACGCCAGCCUAGGACCUCCACAUCCGGCUUCUUCACCUGCGGGAUCGUCUGUGACCAGCCACCCGGACAGCUGAUGAAACUGUGGGUUUGCACAACCAAAGAAUCCUCACCAGGGUCUUGACCUGACUGCAGGGUCUUGACCUGACUGCUCUUUACGGAUGAAUCUCUGUUUCAACUGUACCAGGCAGAUGGCAGACAUGUGGGCGAGUGGUUUGCUGAUGUCAACGCUGUGAACAGAGUGCCCCAUAGUGGUGGUGGGGUUAUGGGAAUGGGCAGGCAUAAGCUACACAAUUGCAUUUUAUCAAUGGCAAUUUGAAUGCACAGAGAUACCGUGAUGAGAUCCUUAGGCCCAUUGUCGUGCCAUUCAUCCACCGUCAUCACCUCAUGUUUCAGCAUGAUAAUGCACAGCCCCAUGUCGCAAGGAUCUGUACACAGUUCCUGGAAGCUGAAAAUGUCCCAGUUCUUCCAUGGCCUGCAUACUAACCAGAAAUGUUACCCCUUGAGCAUGUUUGGGAUGCUUUGGAUCGACGUUACGACAGCAUGUUCCAGUUCCCGCCAAAAUCCAGAUACUUCGCACAGCCAUUGAAGAGGAGUGGGACAACAUUCCACAGGCCACAAUCAACAGCCUGAUCAACUCUAUGCGAAGGAGAUGUGUCGCGCUGCAUGAGGCAAAUGGUGGUCACACCAGAUACUGACUGGUUUUCAGACAACGCCCAUACUUUUUUUAAAGGUAUCUGUGACCAACAGAUGCAUAUCUGUAUCCCAGUCAUGUGAAAUCCAUAGAUUAGGGCCUAAUGCAUUUAUUUCAAUAAGCUGAUUUCCUUAUAUGAACUGUAAAUCAGUAAAAUCUUAGAAAUUGUUGCAUGUUGUGUUGCAUUUUUGUUCAGUGUAGUUUGAAGGAAUCGACCACGACCCAUCAGUCACACUUUAUACUGCUCGCUACCCAGUGAAAAAUUGUUGAUUAACUGACCUUCGCUAAAACCAAUAUCUCACAGUCUCCUCCCCUCUGCUUCAUCAGAAAUGGAAGAAGAAUUGGUUUGUCCUCUACCCGGCCAGUCAGAAUGGCAUUGCACGACUAGAGUUCUACGACUCUUCUGGGGGAGGGGCCAGCGACAAGCCCAACACCAAGAAACUCGACAAAAAGGUAGGUUCAAAUCUUCUUUGUCCUACACCGAUGACCACAUUAUAAAUAAGUGUAGUUAAUUUAUUUCAUGUGUAAUCUUCUGGGAUUCUCUUCUCUCCUCCUCUUCAGAUUAUUCAUCUAUCAGAGUGUAUCUGUAUCCUCCUGCUCUCACUGAGUCUGGUCCAAAAGACAAUAUGAAAUGAAUAAUAAUCUCACUCCAUCUCUCUCUCUCUCUCUCUCUCUCUCUCUCGCUCUCUCCCCCUCCUCUCCUCCUUUUCUUUUCAGAUUAUUCGUCUAUCAGAGUGUAUCUCUAUCCUCCCCGCCCUCACUGAAGCCUGUCCUAAAGACAAUAUGUCUGCCUUCUGUGUGGAGACUAAUGACAAAACACAUGUGUUCGCUGCUGAGAGGAGCGUCAGCACAGAGUGGGUGGAAAAGAUGUGUGAGAUCACCUUUGGGGUAAGACAUCAUGUUUGUGUGUGUCAUAGUGUGUGUGUGUGUGUGUGUGUGUGUGUGUUUAGUCAGUGCCACUAGAUGCUGAGGUCAGUUCCUUAGCCUUCUGGUAUUGUAGUGUUCCCACUUGCCCCCUUAGUAUACAAUGUAGGCUGGAUAUCAGUUAGAGAGUAGAUUUGCUCUCUCUCUCGCUGUCUAUAAGAUUAUAAAAAGUGCUGAAAAGCAUGAUUCUCAUGUGAGUCUGAAUUAUAGCAAAACUGAAGCAAUUAAUGAUCUCUCUCUCUCUCUCUCUCCCUCCCUCUCUCUCAGGGGGGUAGUUGUAGCAGCAGUAGUGUCUCUGACUCCAACAGAGGACAAACUGAUCUACAGAUGGCUGAGAAUCUCAUCUAUUACACCAGAGAAGAGGGUAAACACACACACACACACUAUUCCCCCUUGAAUUGUUGAGUGCACUGACCCUGUAUAAAAACACUCAUGAAUAAAUGUAUUAUGGACUGAUCAUUCAUUAGCAACAUUCAUAGCAACCAGACCCUCUGGAGAAAAGGUGGCCAUUUUGCCACGGUUAUCUUUCUUAAUCAAAUGUAUACGCAGAAGCUGGGGUAGGAUACAGAAGUUAUGUAUUUGGUCGUUGAGGAAAAAAAGAGGCGUUUGAUUUUACCUUUGUACACUGUUCAUCGUUAUGAUGAUGCAACAAACUAACUUUCUGUUGAAGGCUGACUGACAAACUAAAAUGUCACAGGUAGAAAAAGAAGAUGCAUUUUAAACCACAAGCUAGGCCUGCAAUUUUAUUUUAAUCUAGAUUUGUUUUAUUCUAAGAGUAUUGAAGGCCAGCUUCUACACAAUGCUCUUGCUUUCUCAGUCUGUGUUCUUUGUAGGACAGUCCUUGGCAUUGGGUUCAUCUCUCUUCUAGUGUUAAUUCAGUCACUCUCUCUUGAGGAAAGUGGAACGUUUCUUCAGUAGCGUGAUGCUCAGACAGAAUGUCAAUGUAACUGUCCUAUUGACCUGCCUAGCACUCCUUUCUCCCUCUGUCCUUUCCUCCUAUUCUCUUUAUUUUCUCCAGUAAAUAAGCAUUCAAACUCUUCUCUCUUCACUCUCCCUCUUCUGUGAAUGAAGGGUUGUUUCUGGACAGGGCGUACGUCCAUCGGAAGAAAGAACUCUCCGGGAAAAAAAAAGGUUUAAUGAUUAAUAACUCAUGGUGUGAUUGUGGUAAAUAUACAGGAACUCAAGUCCUUUUGUUCUCCCGAUCUGGAAUACCUCACCAUCAAAUGCCGACUGCAUUACUACCCGAGAUAAUUAACUUUGGUCAUCGUCACUGCCGUGUAUAUUUCACCCCAAGCCAACACCGCGACGGCUCUCAAGGAACUACACUUGACUAUGUGUAAACUGGAAACCGCUUAUCAUGAAGCCACAUUUAUUGUAACUGGGGACUUUAAUAAAGGAAAUCUGAGGAAAACGCUAGCGAAAUUCUAUCAACUCAUCUUCUGUGCUACACGUGCAUCGAGGACUCUGGAUUAUUGCUACUCUCCCUUCUGGGACGGCUACAAGGCCCUUCCCCGCCCUCCCUAUGGCAAAUCAGAUCACACCUCCAUUCUGCUUCUCCCCACCUAUUAGGCAGAAACUUAAGUAAGAAGCACCUGUGGUAAGGACUGUUCAACGUUGGUCUGACCAAUUGGAAUCUAUGCUUUAAGAUUGUUUUGCUCACGAGGACUGAGAAAUGUUCCAGGUUACCUCUGAGAAUAGUAUCGAAGUAUACAAUGACUCUGUGAUUGGGUUCAUCAGGAAGUACAUAGAGGAUGUUGUUUCCACUGUGACAAUUAGAACUUAUCCAAACCAAAAACUGGAUUGAUGGCAACAUUUGCGCAAACCUGAAAGCACGAACCACCGCAUUUAACCAUUGCAAUGUGACUGGGAACAUGGACGUGUACAAACAGACCAGCUGGGGCUCCCGAGUGGCGCAGCGGUCUAAGGCACUGCAUCUCAGUGCUUGAGGCGUCACUACAGACCCCCUGGUUCGAUUCCAGGCUGUAUCACAACCGGCCGUGAUUGGGAGUCCCAUAGGGCGGUGUACAAUUGGCCCAGCGUUGUCCGGGUUUGGCCGGUGUAGGCCGUCAUUGUAAAUAAGAAUUUGUUCUCAACUGACUUGCCUAGUUAAAUAAAGGUAAAAAAAAUAAUUUUAAAAAAGACAUCCGUAAGGCAAUCCAAGAGGCAAAACUGCAAUACAGGGACAAAGUGGAGUCGCAAUUCAACAACUCAGACAUGAGACGUAUGUGGCAGGGACUCCAGACAAUCACGGAUUAUAAAGGGAUAGCUAGCCACGUUGUGGACACCAACGGCACACUCCUGGACAAGCUAAACACCUUCUUUGCCCACUUUGAGGAAAACAACAUUGAGCCGCCAACGUGGGCCACCACCACUCACGAGGACAGUGUGCUUUUGUUCUCCGUGGCCGACGUAAGUAAUUUAAGCGUGUUAACCCUCGCAAGGCUGCCGGCCCAGACUGCAUCCCAAGCCGCGUCCUUAGAGCAUGUGCAGACCAGCUGGCUGGAGUGUUUACGGACAUAUUCAAUCUCUCCAUAUCCCAGUCUGUUGUCCCCACUUGCUUCAAGAUGUCCAUCAUGGUUCCUGUUUUCAUAAAAGCGAAGGUAACUGAACUAAAUGACUACUGCCCCGUAGCACGUCUGUCAUCAUGAAGUGCUUGGAGAUGCUACUUAAGGAUCAUAUCACCUCCACUUUACCAGACACCCUAGACCCACUACAAUUCGUAUACCGCCCCAACAGAUCCAUGGACGACGCAAUCGCCAUUGCACUCCACACUGCCCUAUCCCACCUGGACAAGAGAAAUACCUAUGUAAGAAUGCUGUUCAUCGACUACAGCUCAGCCUUCAACACCAAAGUGCCCUCCAAGCUCAUCACUAAGCUCAGGACCCUGGGUCUGAACCCCGCCCUGUGCAACUGGGUCCUAGACUUCUGGACGGGCCGACCCCAGGUGGGGAAGGUAGGCAACAACACCUCCGCCACUCUGAUCCUCAACACAUGGGCCCCACAGGCGUGCGUGCUCAGCCCCCUCCUGUACUCCCUGUUCACCCAUAACUGCGUGGCCGCGCACGUCUCCAACUCAAUCAUCAAGUUUGCUGACGACACAACAGUGGUAGGCCUGAUUACCAACAAUGACGGAACAGCCUACAGGAAGAAGGUGAGAGCCCUGGCGGAGUGGUGCCAGGAAAAUAACCUCUCCCUCAACGUCAACUAAACGAAGGAGCUGAUCCUGGCUACAGGACACAGCAGAGAGUGCAUGUCCCCAUCCACAUCGACAGGGCCGCAGUGGAGAGGGUCAAAAGCUUUAAGUUCUUCGGUGUGCACAUCACUGAGGAGCUGAAAUGGUCCCUUCACACCGACAGUUUGGUGAAGAAGGUGCAACAGCGCCUCUUCAACAUCAGAAGGCUGAGGAAAUUUGGCUUAGCCUCUAAAACCCUCACAAACUUCUACAGAUGCAACAUCGAGAGCAGUCGGUCUGGUUGUAUCACCGCCUGGUACGGCAACUGCACCGCCCGCAACCGCAGGGCUCUCCAGAGGGUGGUACGGACAGCCCAACGCAUCUCCGGGGGCACACUGCCUGCCCUCCAGGACAUCUACAGCACCCGGUGUCACAGGAAGGCCAAGAAGAUCAUCAAGGAUCCCAGCCACCCGAGCCAUGGCCUGUUCACCCUGCUACCAUCUUGAAAGCGGAGACAGUACAGGUGCAUCAAAGCUGGGACCGAGAGACUGAUAAACAGCUUCUAUCUAAGGCCAUCAGACCGUUAAACAGUCACCACUAGCCGGCCUCCGCCCAAUAAAACUGCCCUGAACCUUAGUCAAUGUUACUAUCCGGCUACCACCCGGUACUCUACCCUGCACCUUAGAGACUGCUGCGCUAUGUACAUAGUCAUUGAAUACUGGUCACCAAAGAAGUGGACUCAAGUCACAUGACUUGGAUUCGAGUCUGACUUGAGUCACAAAUGUGAUGACUUGAGACUCAACUUGGAGCCUCAAGACUCAGGACUCGACUUGGACUUGAGACUUGAAAUAAUCUGGCCAGGUUUUGAAACAUUUUGUCACUCAUUUUGUGGCACAGAGUCUCCAUGGACUACUCUCCGCUCACUCGGCUCUCUGAUUGGACCAGCAAACUGUCAAUCAAUGCAGGUCGGGUGAGCUAGCGCAGUGAGAAGGUUUUGGGGGGUUGAGAGUGAAACUGAGAAAAAUAUAUAUUUUUUCAUACAUAUUUUAAUAGGCUACAUACAGUGAGGGAAAAAAGUAUUUGAUCCCCUGCUGAUUUUGUACGUUUGCCCACUGACAAAGACAUGAUCAGUCUAUAAUUUUAAUGGUAGGUUGAUUUGAACAGUGAGAGACAGAAUAACAACAAAAAAAUCCAGAAAAACCAAUGUCAAAAAUGUAAUAAAUUGAUUUGCAUUUUAAUGAGGGAAAUAAGUAUUUGACCCCUCUGCAAAACAUGACUUAGUACUUGGUGGCAAAACCCUUGUUGGCAAUCACAGAGGUCAGACGUUUCUUGUAGUUGGCCACCAAGUUUUCACACAUCUCAGGAGGGAUUUUGUUCCACUCCUCUUUGCAGAUCUUCUCCAAGUCAUUAAGGUUUCGAGGCUGACGUUUGGCAACUCGAACCUUCAGCUCCCUCCACAUAUUUUCUAUGGGAUUAAGAUCUGGAGACUGGCUAGGCCAGUCCAGGACCUUAAUGUGAUUCUUCUUGAGCCACUCCUUUGUUGCCUUGGCCGUGUGUUUUGGGUCAUUGUCAAGCUGGAGUAUCCAUCCACGACCCAUUUUCAAUGCCCUGGCUGAAGGAAGGAGGUUCUCACCCAAGAUUUGAUGGUACAUGGCCCCGUCCAUCGUCCCUUUGAUGCGGUGAAGUUGUCCUGUCCCCUUAGCAGAAAAACACCCCUAAAGCAUAAUGUUUACACCUCCAUGUUUGACAGUGGGGAUGGUGUUCUUGGGGUCAUAGGCAGCAUUCCUCCUCCUCCAAACGCGGCGAGUUGAGUUGAUGCCAAAGAGCUCCAUUUUGGUCUCAUCUGACCACAACUCUUUCACCCAGUUCUCCUCUGAAUCAUUCAGAUGUUCAUUGGCAAACUUCAGACGGCCCUGUACAGUGGGGAAAAAAGUAUUUAGUCAGCCACCAAUUGUGCAAGUUCUCCCACUUAAAAAGAUGAGAGAGGCCUGUAAUUUUCAUCAUAGGUACACGUCAACUAUGACAGACAAAAUGAGGAAAAAAAAUCCAGAAAAUCACAUUGUAGGAUUUUUAAUGAAUUUAUUGGCAUAUGAUGGUGGAAAAUAAGUAUUUGGUCAAUAACAAAAGUUUCUCAAUAUUUUGUUAUAUACCCUUUGUUGGCAAUGACACAGGUCAAACGUUUUCUGUAAGUCUUCACAAGGUUUUCACACACUGUUGCUGGUAUUUUGGCCCAUUCCUCCAUGCAGAUCUCCUCUAGAGCAGUGAUGUUUUGGGGCUGUCGCUGGGCAACACAGACUUUCAACUCCCUCCAAAGAUUUUCUAUGGGGUUGAGAUCUGGAGACUGGCUAGGCCACUCCAGGACCUUGAAAUGCUUCUUACGAAGCCACUCCUUCGUUGCCCGGGCGGUGUGUUUGGGAUCAUUGUCAUGCUGAAAGACCCAGCCACGUUUCAUCUUCAAUGCCCUUGCUGAUGGAAGGAGGGUUUCACUCGAAAUCUCACGAUACAUGGCCCCAUUCAUUCUUUCCUUUACACGGAUCAGUCGUCCUGGUCCCUUUGCAGAAAAACAGCCCCAAAGCAUGAUGUUUCCAACCCCAUGCUUCACAGUAGGUAUGGUGUUCUUUGGAUGCAACUCAGCAUUCUUUGUCCUCCAAACAUGACGAGUUGAGUUUUUACCAAAAAGUGAUAUUUUGGUUUCAUCUGACCAUAUGACAUUCUCCCAAUCCUCUUCUGGAUCAUCCAAAUGCACUUCAGACGGGCCUGGACAUGUACUGGCUUAAGCAGGGGGACACGUCUCGCACUGCAGGAUUUGAGUCCCUGGCGGCGUAGUGUGUUACUGAUGGUUGGCUUUGUUACUUUGGUCCCAGCUCUUUGCAGGUCAUUCACUAGGUCCCCCCGUGUGGUUCUGGGAUUUUUGCUCACCAUUCUUGUGAUCAUUUUGACCCCACGGGGUGAGAUCUUGCGUGGAGCCCCAGAUCGAGGGAGAUUAUCAGUGGUCUUGUAUGUCUUCCAUUUCCUAAUAAUUGCUCCCACAGUUGAUUUCUUCAAACCAAGCUGCUUACCUAUUGCAGAUUCAGUCUUCCCAGCCUGGUGCAGGUCUACAAUUUUGUUUUUGGUGUCCUUUGACAGCUCUUUGGUCUUGGCCAUUGUGAAGUUUGGAGUGUGACUGUUUGAGGAUGUGGACAGGUGUCUUUUAUACUGAUAACAAGUUCAAACAGGUGCCAUUAAUACAGGUAACGAGUGGAGGACAGAGGAGCCUCUUAAAGAAGAAGUUACAGGUCUGUGAGAGCCAGAAAUCUUGCUUGUUUGUAGGUGACCAAAUACUUAUUUUCCACCAUAAUUUGCAAAUAAAUUCAUUAAAAAUCCUACAAUGGGAUUUUCUGGAUUUUUUUUUCUCAAUUUGUCUGUCAUAGUUGACGUGUACCUAUGAUGAAAAUUACAGGCCUCUCUCAUCUUUUUAAGUGGGAGAACUUGCACAAUUGGUGGCUGACUAAAUACUUUUUUUCCCCACUGUAUAUGUGCUUUCUUGAGCAGGGGGACCUUGCGGGCGCUGCAGGAUUUCAGUCCUUCACGGCGUAGUGUGUUACCAAUUGUUUUCUUGGUGACUAUGGUCCCAGCUGCCUUGAGAUCAUUGACAAGAUCCUCCCGUGUAGUUCUGGGCUGAUUCCUCACCGUUCUCAUGAUCAUUGCAACUCCACGAGGUGAGAUCUUGCAUGGAGCCUCAGGCCGAGGGAGAUUGACAGUUCUUUUGUGUUCCUUCCAUUUGCGAAUAAUCGCACCAACUGUUGUCACCUUCUCACCAAGCUGCUUGGCGAUGGUCUUGUAGCCCAUUCCAGCCUUGUGUUGGUCUACAAUCUUGUCUCUGACAUCCUUGGAGAGCUCUUUGGUCUUGGCCAUAGUGGAGAGUUUGGAAUCUGAUUGAUUGAUUGCUUCUGUGGACAGGUGUCUUUUAUUCAGGUAACAAACUGAGAUUAGGAACACUCCCUUUAAGAGUGUGCUCCUAAUCUCAGCUCGUUACCUGUAUAAAAGACACCUGGGAGCCAGAAAUCUUUCUGAUUGAGAGGGGGUCAAAUACUUAUUUCCCUCAUUAAAAUGCAAAUAAAUUUAUAACAUUUUUGACAUGCGUUUUUCUGGAUGUUUUUGUUGUUAUUCUGUCUCUCACUCUUCAAAUAAACCUACCAUUAAAAUUAUAGACUGAUCAUUUCUUUGUCAGUGGGCAAACAUACAAAAUCAGCAGGGGAUCAAAUACUUUUUUCCCUCACUGUAUAGCCUACUAUUUGUAUUUUAUAUUUAUACCUUUGCUUAAUGAUCUGGUCACUAAGAUAGGCCUACAGCAUUGCACCAAAUUCUUGUUUCAAAAACAUCUAAUCUCUGCUUCAGAACCAAAAAGUUAUGAGUUUUGACUGUUGGCCAUCAGCAUUGGUGUGCAGAGUCAGGCGCACAUAUCCAGAUUAGUGAACAGAAAGCACUCGUUUUAUUUUCUCCGGUUUUGCCUGGCAAAAACAGAGUAGCCUACCUACAGUUGAAGUCGGAAGUUUACAUACACCUUAGCCAUGGUGUUUAUACUUGCAUACUAUUGUUUGUACAGAUGGACCUUCAGGCAUUUGGAAAUUUCUCCCAAGGAUGAACCAGACUUGUGGAGGUCUACCAUUUUUUUUCUGAGGUCUUAGCUGAUUUCUUUUGAUUUUCCCAUGAUGUCAAGCAAAGAGCCACUGCGUUUGAAGGUAGGCCUUGAAAUACAUCCACAGGUACACCUCCAAUUGACUCAAAUGAUGUCAAUUAGCCUGUCAGAAGCUUCUAAAGCCAUGACAUCAUUUUCUGGAAUUUUCCAAGCUGUUUAAAGGCACCGUCAACUUAGUGUAUGUAAACUUCUGACCCACUGGAAUUGUGAUACAGUAAAUUAUAAGUGAAAUAAUCUGUCUGUAAACAAUUGUUGGAAAAAUUACUUGUGUCAUGCACAAAGUAGAUGUCCUAACUGACUUGCCAAAACUAUAGUUUGUUAACAAGAAAUUUGUGGAGUGGUUGAAAAACAAGUUUUAAUGACUCCAACCUAGGUGUAUGUAAACUUACGACUUCAACUGUAUGUUAAUAUUAUCCAUAUAAAGUACCCUUUAGCAAUCUUCUACAGAUGCAUCUUUGCCACAACAAUUGGCUACCUAGUGAUUUCAUUUAUCAUUUUCAGAUUUCAGGCUUAAUUUGGGUGGGUUAUAAUUAUAUAACUCAGUGGUGGUACUGGCUAUAUGUUUAAAGAUAGCUGUAACUUCAUACUACCUUCAAUACAUAUAGGAUAAAGAUAUUCUGGCAAAUUAAUUACAAUAUUUUUAAACAAGAAAAAGGCUACAGACUGAUUCUGCAACCUCUGCUGCAUACAGGGAGGCCCUAUGAUCCUGCUUGCUCUGGACUCCAGAUAAGUUACAAUGUGACAUUAUAUCCCUAGUUAAUAUUGACUGCUAACAUGAAUGACUUUCAGUUCAAAAUGCAGGUGUAAAAUGCAGUUUAUUUCUGUAUCUUGCAUUUAGAAAAUCACAGUUUAUGGCUGUAAUGACAGCAGCGAUUGUGUGCGCGUGUUUGCCCUGGGGGGGUCGCAGGUCAAAAAGUUGGAAAACCACUGAGCUAGCAAACAGAUUGCUGAUUUGCUGUACAGCUAUAGGAUCGGGUGCAGUGCAAAUGUCAAAUUGUGGGGAGAUCUGGAUUGCUGUAAAGUAAUAUGCAGCUCCACAAAUUGUUUGGUGAUCAAGAAAAUUAACCGUUUACUUUGCAAGCUCACCUGUAAUGGGGCAUCAAGCAACAAUUACUAGCAUAUAUAGGCCUACUGGUCUUUUGGUAAGUCAAAAUUGCUAGAAAUGUAUAUAUAUUUUUUAAGCUUGCAUUUGGAAUUUGUUGUAACAAUUAAUUAUUACAUAAUCAAAAUGUGUUGUAGACAAAAUAAUGAAAAGGGCUGUCUGGUAGCAUCAAUAAAUAGACAAAGAUUUGUAGUUGAACAAGUCACUGCCUGUAUGGAUUAUGUAUAUUUUUUUACUUCACUUGAAAAAUCUCGAUUUGACUUGCUCUUAGAAUACACGACUUAGAAUUGACUCGAGAUCGACCCGUUCUACUUGGGACUUGACUUGAGACUUGCUUGUGACUCUAAUAAUAGUGACUUGGUCACUUUAAUAAAUGUUUACAUACUGUUUUACCCACUUUACAUGUAUAUACUGUAUUCUAGUCAUGGCUCAUUCUAUAUAAAUACUGCUGUACACACCUUUUCUAUUCAUAUACAGUGCCUUCAGAAAUAUUCAUACUCCUUGACUUAUUCCACAUUUCGUUGUGUUACUGCCUGAAUUCAAAAUAUAUAUUUUGUUUCUUCUCACCCAUCUACACACAAUACCCCAUAAUGACAGUGAUUGUAUUGAAAAUGAAAUACAGAAAUAUCUAAUUUACCUAAGUAUUUAUACUCCUGAGUCAAUACAUGUUAGAAUCACCUUUGGCAGCGAUUACAGCUGUGUGUCUUUCUGUCAAGUUGGUUGUUGAUCAUUGCUAGAUUUAAGUCAAACUAACUUGGCUCAGCGUUCAGGAAAAUUCAUUGUCGUCUUGGUAAGCAACUCCAGUGUACAGUGCCUCCGGAAAGUAUUCAGACCCCUUGACUAUUUCCACAUUUUGUUACGUUACAGCCUUAUUCUAAAAUUGAUUAGUUUAUUUUUUAUUUUUUAUGUAUCUACACACAAUAAUGACAAAGCAAAAACAGGUUUUUAGAAAUAACCAUUUACAUAAGUUUUCAGACCCUUUACAGCAUCGAGUGUUCUUGGGUAUGAUGCUACAAGCUCAGCACACCUGUAUUUGGGGAGUUUCUCCCAUUCUUCUCUGCAGAUGCUCUCAAGCGCUGUCAGGUUGGAUGGGGAGCGUUGCUGCACAGCUAUUUUCCGGUCUCUCCAGAGAUGUUCGAUCGGGUUCAAGUCCGGGCUCUGGCUGGGCCACUCAAGGACUUUCAGAGACUUGUCCCGAAGCCACUCCUGUGUUGUCUUGGAUGUGUGCUUAGGGUCGUGAACCUUCGCCCCAGUCUGAGGUCCUGAGCACUCUGGAGCAGGGUUUCAUCAAGGAUCUCUCUGUACUUUGCUCCGUUCAUCUUUCCCUCGAUCCUGACUAGUCUCCAAGUCCCUGCCGCUGAACAACAUCCCCACAGCAUGAUGCUGCCACCACCAUGCUUCACCGUAGGGAUGGUGCCCGGUUUCCUCCAGACGUGACGCUUGGCAUUCAGGCCAAAGAGUUCAAUCUUGGUUUCAUCAGACCAGAGAAUCUUGUUUCUCAUGGUCUGAGAGGCUUUAGGUGACUUUUGGCAAACUCCAAGCGGGCUGUCAUGUGCCUUUUACUUAAGUGUGGCUUCCAUCUGGCUGCUCUACCAUAACGUCCUGUUUGGUGGAGCGCAGCAGAGAUGGUUGUCCUUCUGGAAGGUUCUCCCAUCUCCACAGAGGAAGUCUAGAGCUCUGUCAGAGUGACCAUCAACCCGAUGGUCACUGACAGAGCUCUAGAGUUCCUCUGUGGAGAUGGGAGAGCCUGUGCUUGGUCACCUCCCUGACCAAGAACCUUCUCCCCCAAUUGCUCAGUUUGGCCAGGAGGCCAGCUCUAGGAAGAGUCUUGAUGGUUUCAAACUUCUUCCAUUUAAGAAUGAUGGAGGCCACUAUGUUCUUGGGGACCUUCAAUGCUGCAGAAAUUUUUUCAUACAAUUCCCCAGAUCUGUGCCUCGACACAAUCCUGUUUCGGAGCUCUACGGACAAUUCCUUUGACCUCAUGGAUUGGUUUUUGCUCUGACAUGCACUGUCAACUGUGGGAGCAUAUAUAGACAGGUGUGUGCCUUUCCAAAUAAUGUCCAAUCAGUUAAAUUUACCACAGGUGGACUCCAAACAAGUUGUAAAAACAUCUCAAGGAUGAUCAAUGGAAACAUGAUUCACCUGAGCUCAACUUCGAGUCUCAUUGCAAAGUGUCUGAAUACUUAUAUAAAUAAGGUAUUUCUGUUUUAAAUUUUUUAUAAAUGUGCAAACAUUUCUAACGACCUGUUUAUGUUUUGUCAUUAUGGGGUAUUGUGUGUACAUUGCUGAGGACAAUUUCGUAUUUCAUCCAUUUUAGAAUAAGGCUGUAACGUAACAAAAUGUGGAAAAUGUCAAGGGGUCUGAAUACUUUCCGAAUGCACUGUAUAUUUGGCCUUGUGUUUUAGGUUAUUGUCUUGCUGAAAAGUGAAAGCAGACAACCAGGUUUUCCUCUAGGAUUUUGCAUGUGCUUAGCUCUAUUCCGUUUCUUUUAUCCUAAAAAACUCCCUAGUCCUUGCCGAUGACAAGCAAAACCAUAACAUGAUGCAGCCAACACCAUGCUUGAAAAUAUGAAGAGUGGUACUCAAUGAUGUGUUGUGUUGGAUUUGCCCCAAACAUAACACUUCGUAUUCAGGACAUAAAGUUAAUAUGUUUGCCACAUUUUUUGCAGUUUUACUUUAGUGCCUUAUUGCAAACAGGAUGCAUGUUUUGGAAUAUUUAUAUUCUAUACAGGCUUCCUUCUUUUCACUCUGUCAUUUAGGUUAGUAUUCCGGAGUAACUACAAUGGUGUUGAUCCAUCUUCAGUUUUCAAGUAUCACAGCAAUUAAGCCCCUAGAGUCUAUUGACGCAGCGGUGCGUCAAUCUAAGUAACAUAGUAAAAAAAGUCCCCAUAAAUUUUUUUUAUGUAUGUUUAAGCUCGAGAUAUGUUUUACAUGGGCUGCGUCUCAAUCCACUACAUCCACGUAUGAUUGCCUUCCGCAUCUGCAGUGGAAGGUGGCCGAGCAGCAGCAGUGUUUGUCAGAACAUGAGACAUCCCGAAAAUCGGUCUUCUCACGAAAACGUCUGUAUCGUCCAAAUGGUUUGGCCUAACAAUUAUGACCACUCUAUGGAAAGGGGGGACUCUCACGAACACGAUGGUGUUCUCCGAUUUGCUCUUUGACCCCCAGAAGUGUCACGGGACUCGUCUGAAGGUGACAGGUACCGGUUAAAAAAAGGAAUGAAAGUAUGGAGGUAGUUUUGUGCCUACCCCAAAAAGGGGGGUAAAUAUGUGUUAAAAAAACUACUAUAUUUCCUGAGCUUUCUUAUAUAUAUAUAUAUAUAUAUAUAUAUAUAUAUAUAUAUAUAUAUAUAUAUAUAUAUAUAUAUAUAUAUAUAUAUAUAUACAUACAGUGGGGAGAACAAGUAUUUGAUACACUGCCGAUUUUGCAGGUUUUCCUACUUACAAAGCGUGUAGAGGUCUGUAAUUUUUAUCAUAGGUACACUUCAACUGUGAGAGACGGAAUCUAAAACAAAAAUCCAGAAAAUCACAUUGUAUGAUUUUUAAGUAAUUAAUUUGCAUUUUAUUGCAUGACAUAAGUAUUUGAUCACCUACCAACCAGUAAGAAUUCUGGCUCUCACAGACCUGUUAGUUUUUCUUUAAGAAGCUCUCCUGUUCUCCACUCAUUACCUGUAUUAACUGCACCUGUUUGAACUCGUUACCUGUAUAAAAGACACCUGUCCACACACUCAAUCAAACAGACUCCAACCUCUUCACAAUGGCCAAGACCAGAGAGCUGUGUAAGGACAUCAGGGAUAAAAUUGUAGACCUGCACAAGGCUGGGAUGGGCUACAGGACAAUAGGCAAGCAGCUUGGUGAGAAGGCAACAACUGUUGGCGCAAUUAUUAGAAAAUGGAAGAAGUUCAAGAUGACGGUCAAUCACCCUCGGUCUGGGGCUCCAUGCAAGAUCUCACCUCGUGGGGCAUCUAUGAUCAUGAGGAAGGUGAGGGAUCAGCCCAGAACGACACGGCAGGACCUGGUCAAUGACCUGAAGAGAGCUGGGACCACAGUCUCAAAGAAAACCAUUAGUAACACACUACGCCGUCAUGGAUUAAAAUCCUGCAGCGCACGCAAGGUCCCCCUGCUCAAGCCAGCGCAUGUCCAGGCCCGUCUGAAGUUUGCCAAUGACCAUCUGGAUGAUCCAGAGGAGGAAUGGGAGAAGGUCAUGUGGUCUGAUGAGACAAAAAUAUAGCUUUUUGGUCUAAACUCCACUCGCCGUGUUUGGAGGAAGAAGAAGGAUGAGUACAACCCCAAGAACACCAUCCCAACCGUGAAGCAUGGAGGUGGAAACAUCAUUCUUUGGGGAUGCUUUUCUGCAAAGGGGACAGGACGACUGCACCGUAUUGAGGGGAGGAUGGAUGGGGCCAUGUAUCGCGAGAUUUUGGCCAACAACCUCCUUCCCUCAGUAAGAGCAUUGAAGAUAGGUCGUGGCUGGGUCUUCCAGCAUGACAAAGACCCAAAACACACAGCCAGGGCAACUAAGGAGUGGCUCCGUAUGAAGCAUCUCAAGGUCCUGGAGUGGCCUAGCCAGUCUCCAGACCUGAACCCAAUAGAAAAUCUUUGGAGGGAGCUGAAAGUCCGUAUUGCCCAGCGACAGCCCCGAAACCUGAAGGAUCUGGGAAGGUCUGUAUGGAGGAGUGGGCCAAAAUCCCUGCUGCGGUGUGUGCAAACCUGGUCAAGACCUACAGGAAACGUAUGAUCUCUGUAAUUGCAAACAAAGGUUUUUGUACCAAAUAUUAAGUUCUGCUUUUCUGAUGUAUCAAAUACUUAUGUCAUGCAAUAAAAUGCAAAUUAAUUACUUAAAAAUCAUACAAUGUGAUUUUCUGGAUUUUUGUUUUAGAUUCCGUCUCUCACAGUUGAAGUGUAGCUAUGAUAAAAAUGACAGACCUCUACAUGCUUUGUAAGUAGGAAAACCUGCAAAAUCGGCAGUGUAUCAAAUACUUGUUCUCCCCACUGUAUGUAUAUAUGUAUGUGGACACCCCUUCAAAUUAGGGGAUUCGGCUAUUUCUACCACACCCGUUGCUGACAGGUGUAUUAAAAAGAGCACACAGCCAUGCAAUCUCCAUAGACAAACAUUGGCAGUGGAAUGGCCUUACUGAAAAGCUCAGUGACUUUUCAACAUGGCACCGUCAUUCAGUAGGAUGCCACCUUUCCAGUAAGAUAAUUCGUCAAAUUUCUGCCCUGCUAGAGCUGUAAGUUAUGUUAUUGUGAAGUGGAAACGUGUAGGAGCAACAAUGGCUCAGCCGCAAAGUGGUAGGCCACACAGGUUCACAGAACGUGACCACCGAGUGCUGAGGUGCGUUGCGCGUUAAAAUCAUCUGUCCUCAGUUGCAACACUCACUACCGAGUUCCAAACGGCCUCGGGAAGCAACGUCAGCACAAGAACUGUUCGUUGGGAGCCUCAUGAAAUGGGUUUCCAUGGCUUAGCAGCCGCACACAAGCCUAAGAUCAUCAUGCGCGAUGCCAAGCGUCGGCCGGAGUGGUGUAAAGCUCGCAGCCAAUGGACUCUGGAGCAGUGGAAAUGCGUUCUCUGAAGUAAUGAAUCAUCAACCAUCUGGCAGUCCGAUCAACGAAUCUGCAUUUGGCGGAUGCCAGGUGAACGCUACCUGCCCGAAUGCAUAGUGCCAACUGUAAAGUUUGGUGGAGGAGGAAUAAUGGUCUGGGGAUGUUUUUCAUGAUUCGGGCUAGGCCCCUUAGUUCCAGUGAAGGGAAAUCUUAACGCUACAGCAUACAAUUACAUUCUAGACGAUUCUGUGCUUCCAACUUUGUGGCAACAGUUUGGGGAAGGCCCUUUCCUGUUUCAGCAUGACAAUGCCCCCGUGCACAAAGCGAGGUCCAUACAGAAAUGGUUUGUCAAGAUGUGGAAGAAAUUGACUGGCCUGCACAGAGCCCUGACCUCAACCCCAUCUAACACCUUUGGGAUGAAUUGGAACGCCGACUGCGAGCCAGGCCUAAUCGCCCAACAUCAGUUCCCGGUCUCACUAUUGCACUUGUGACUGAAUGGAAGCAAGUCCCCGCAGCAACAUCCAGUGGAAAGCCUUCCCAGAAGAGUGGAGGCUGUUAUAGCAGCAAAGGGUGGACCAACUCCAUAUUAAUGCCCAUGAUUUUGGAAUGAGAUGUUCGACGAGCAGGUGUCCACAUACACUACAUGACCAAAAAUAGCUCCUAGAUAUCGGACAGACACUUCAAAACCUUAUUCCUUAUGAUUUAUUUUUGGACUGUCUUUUUUUUACAUUUAUGAAUGCGUUGUUUGUUGCGUUUCUAUGUGCUAUAAUAGUAAAGGCCAAAUUCAAUAUUUUAUCAAAGAAAUGUAAUAUGUUUUAUUUUUUCUAAAUCAAAUAGCUAAAUUAUCCAUAGUAUGGCCAUUUUAAAGGCCAUGUUUCACUUAAAAAAAUAAAUAAAAAAUUAUGAGUAGUGCAUAUACACUACCGGUCAAAAGUUUUAGAACACCUACUCAUUCAAGGGUUUUUCUUGAUUUUUACUAUUUUCUACAUUGUAGAAUAAUAGUGAAGACAUCAAAACUAUGAAAUAACACAUAUGGAAUCAUGUAGUAACCAGAAAAGUGUUCAACAAAUCAAAAUGCAUCAGAUGACCUGGCCUCCACAAUCCCCCGACCUCAACCAAAUUGAGAUGGUUUGGGAUGAGUCGUACCGCAGAGUGAAGGAAAAGCAGCCAACAAUUGCUCCUUCAAGACUGUUGGAAAAGCAUUCCAGGUGACGCUGGUUGAGAGAAUGCCAAGAGUGUGCAAAGCUGUCAUCAAGGCAACGGCAAUUUGAAGAAUCUCAAAUAUAAAAUAAAUUUUGAUUUGUUUAACACUUUUUUGGUUACUACAUGAUUUCAUGUGUUAUUUCAUAGUUGUGAUGUCUUCACUGUUAUUCUACAAUGUAGAAAAUAGUAAAAAUAUAGAAAAACCCUUGAAUGAGUAGGUGUUCUAAAACUUUUGACCGGUAGUGUAUGUAUGAUUUUUCUUUUCAAUCCGACAUUGUAAAUUGGAGAUAUAAUCGAUUAUAUACUUCUGAGCUGCACGCGCACCUUACAAAUAUUAAAUAGAAUGUUGUCCAGGCUUGACGUAGAUUCAGGUGAAUACUUUUGGAUCGCUGAGCCAUUGACUGUCUGGCUGCACCAGAUGGCAGUGUGCGAGUGGAUUUCUUUUGACAAUGAAGCACUGGACUACAGCCAUGUCAUUUUGAACCUAGAAGACCUAUAGACGGGAGUAGGCAAGAAGGAGUGGCCGAGGUUGGCUAAAGUAAUGUCUAGUUGGUCAGAAGAAUAUGGUAAGUUACAGAGUGAGUGUCUUUGAUAACUGCCCAGUUGGUGUAAACACUGUGUUAUACACUUAGCUAGCUAGAUAAACCAGACAAAUACACUUUGAGCUUAUGAUUUAAAAGGUCUAAAGUAAAUGCAAGUCUCAUGUCUGGAGUGAAUACAUUUUUAUUAAUGUAUAUCAUACUGGUGUCUCAACUAAAAUAUAUCCCAGACAAGAUUAAAGAAUGGGACAAAGUGAAUAUAAGUCAGUGCUUGCGUCUGUAGCAGUUUGUAUGAAUUUGAGUGGUUACAUACAAUACAUGUUUACAGAAUGGCUGCGAGACAGAGACUGUUGCUGUACUCCCAGGAAAGACCCCCAGAAUUCUGUCAGGAAGCUUUAAGAAAUGUGUGUCACCAUCCAAGCCCAUAUCACAGCACGCAGUGGCCUGAUAGGGAGAUGACAAUAAAUGCAUUAUGUACCUUUCAUCACCAAAGCCAUGUUCACUGCACAUGUUGCCGAACACUUCAAACCUUUUGUUAGGGUCAUUGAUAUUGAAAUUCACAUACAAAUAUUCAGUUAAUUAGCAUAUACUGUUAUACCUCUAGGGUCCUGUGGUGAAAGACUGCUGUGCAAGGUAUUGGGCAAAAGCUUUCUUCCCGGGCCCGUAUUCACAAAGUGUCUUCAGUGUAGGAAUAAUGAUCUAGGACCAGCUACCCCUUGUAAAUGUAAUCAUUCAUUGUGAUCCUAAAAUCAGUACUCCUACUCUGCGAUGCUUUGUGAAUACGGGCCCUGGUCUGUCUGCAUUCUGCUUUCUAAUGAUCUAAUGCCCUCUUCAUCUGAAAUGCAACAACACCAAAAACAUGAAUAAGAAUUAGCCUAGUCAGUUAUACCACAACAACAGCCUAUUUGCAGUGAAAUGAAGGAUGGGCAUUUUUCUUGCCAACUUUUUCAAUCACCAGUGCAUCAAUAAACAAACAGGGGAACGAAGUAGUUGGACAGAAAGUGUUCAGGAUAGUCAGUAUUAUAGCUAGAAAUAAUAUAGUUAUUUUCUAGAAACCUAGCUACAGUACACUUGGCUAGCUAAGGUGGUGAACUCAGACUGAUGGUGGGGAGUUAGCUAACGUUACCUAACUUUUCCCCAGCAGUUUCAAUCUAGCUAGCUAGUGGCAUUUUUUUAAUCAACUUUAUAAAAGCAUAUGGAUACCAUAGCAAAUAUAGCUAUUCGUUUUCCCCUCACAUCUAAAGCUACCUGAUACAGCUUUCCAGUUGCAAGCCAGCUAGCAAUGCCAAGUUCAUGCCUUUUACCAACAAAAAUCAUGUACGCGUAUAAAAGAGACAAUUACCAUUUUAGUGUUAUUCUAGGACUUCAGGCCCGAGGAGUAAUAGCUACUUGUUUGUAGAACCGCUAUCUUCACCAGAUGUUGUCCCCAGUCAGCUCCAGAGUCUUCACCUGAACGAACGUCACAGGCUUCGUCAUGCACUUGAGGGGUGCGUUGCUUACUAGCACAUCCACAAGGGGUGUUUUGCCAUCUACAAGGGGUGUAUAUCCUAUUUAUAUUGGAAAAUGUAACAUGCAACAAUUCCAUAUGUCAGUUCAGAACUCCCCACACCCCCCACAUUUUUUAGGUCACCAUUGUCCUCAUGGUGAAAUCCCUGAGCGGUUUCCUUCCUCUCCGGCAAAUGAGUUAGGACGGAACACCUGUAUCUUUGUAGUGACUGUGUGUAUUGAUACACCAUCCAAAGUGUAAUUAAUAACUUCACCAUGCUCAAAUGGAUAUUCAAUGUCUACCAAUAGGUGCCCUUCUUUGCGAGGCAUUGGAAAACCUCCCUGGUCUUUUUGGUUGAAUCUGUGAUUGAAAUUCACUGCUCGACUAAGGGACUUUACAGAUAAUUGUAUGUGUGGGUUACAGAGAUGAGGUAGUCAUUAAAAAAAUUAUGUUCAACUCUAAUAUUGCACUUAUGUGACUUAAGCAAUUUUUUUCUCCUGAACUUAUUUAGGCUUGAAUAAUAGGGGAAUACUAACUUACUUAGGGGUUGAAUACUUAUUGACUCGAGGCAUUUUAAAUAAUUUGUAAAAAUGUCCAAAAACAUAAUUCCAUUUUGAUAUUAUGGGGUAUUGUGUGUAGGCCAGUGACACUAAAUCUGAAUGUAAUCAAUUUUAAAAUUCAGGCUGUAACACAAAAAGUCAAGGGGGUUGAAUACUUUCUCAAGGCACCGUACUGUCCAUACAUACCAUAUACAGUGCAUUCGGAAAGUAUUCAGACCCCUUUACUUUUUCCACAUUUUGUUACGUUACAGCCUUAUUCUAAAAUUGAUUAAAUUGUUUUCCCCCCCUCAAUCUACACACAGUACCUCAUAAAAACAAAGCGAAAACAGGUUUUUAGAAAUUUUUGCAAAUGUAUUAAAAAUAAAGAACAGAAAUACCUAGACUCGAAAUUGAGCUCAGGUGCAUCCUGUUUCCAUUGAUCAUCAUUGAGAUGUUUCUAUAACUUGAUUGGAGUCCACCUGUGGUAAAUUCAAUUGAUUGGACAUGAUUUGGAAAGGCACAACAACACAGUGUACUCCAUCAUUCUUAAAUGGAAGAAGUUUGGAACCAUCAAGACUCUUCCUAGAGCUGGCCGCCUGGCCAAACUGAGCAAUAGGGGAAGAAGGGUCUUGGUCAGAGACAGAGCUCCAGAGUUCCUCUGUGGAGAUGGGAGAACCUUCCAGAAGGACAAUCAUUUCUGCUACACUCCACCAAUCAGGCCUUUAUGGUAGAGUGGCCAGACGGAAGCCACUCCUCAAUAAAAGGCUCAUGACAGCCCGCUUGGAGUUUGCCUAAAGGCACCUAAAAGACUCAGACCAUGAGAAACAAGAUUCUCUGGUCUGAUGAAACCAAGAUUGAACUCUUUGGCCUGAAUGCCAAGCGUCAUGUCUGGAGGAAACCUGGCACCAUCCUUACGGUGAAGCAUGGUGUUGCAGCAUGAUGUGGGGAUGUUUUUCAGUGGUGGGGACUGGGUGACUAGUCAGGAUCGAGGGAAAGAUGAACGGAGCAAAGUAUAGAGAGAUCCUUGAUGAAAACCUGAUCCAGAGCGCUCAGGACCUCAGACUGGGGCGAAGGUUCACCUUCCAACAGGACAAAAACCCUAAGCCCUCAGCCAAGACAACGCAGGAGUGGCUUCGGGACAAGUCUCAAUGUCCUUGAGUUGCCCAGCCAGAGCCCGGGCUUGAACCCGAUCGAACAUCUCUGGAGAGACCUGAAAACAGCUGUGCAGUGACGCUCCGCAUCCAUCCUGACAGAGCUUGAGAGGAUCUGCAGAGAAGAAUGCGGGAAACUCCCCCAAUACAGGUGUGCCAAGCUUGUAGCGUCAUACCCAAGAAGACUCGAGGCUGUAAUCGCUGCCAAAGGUGCUUCAACAAAGUACUGAGUAAAGGGACUGAAUACUUAUGUAAAUGUGAUAUUUCAGUUUUUUUAUAAAUUUGCAAAAAUGCUAAAAACCUGUUUUUGCUUUGUCAUUAUGGGCUAUUAUGUGUAGAUUGAUGAAACAAUUUAAUCCAUUUUUUUUAUCAGGCUGUAACGUAACAAAACGUGGAAAAAGUCAAGGGGUCUGAAUACUUUCUGAAUGCACUGUUUGUGAGUGUGUGUGUGUAUAUAUAUAUAUAUAUAUAUAUAUAUAUAUAUAUAUAUAUAUAUAUAUAUAGUUAUAUACACUACCAGUCAAAAGUUUGGACACCUACUCAUUCCAGGGUUUUUCUUUAUUUUUACAAUUUGUUACAUUGUAGAAUAAUAGUGAAGACAUCAAAACUAUGAAAUAACACAUAUUGAAUCGUGUAGUAACCAAAAAAGUGUUAAACAAAUCAAAAUAUAUUUUAUAUUUGAGAUUCUUCAAAUAGCCACCCUUUGCCUUGUUGACAGCUCUGCUCACUCUUGGCAUUCUCUCAACCAGCUUCACCUGGAAUGCUUUUCCAACAGUCUUGAAGGAGUUCCCACGUAUGCUGAGCACCUGUUGUCUGCUUUUCCUUCACUAUGUUGUCCAACUCAUCCCAAACCAUCUCAAUUGGGUUGAGGUCGGGGGAUUGUGGAGGCCAGGUCAUAUGAUACAGCACUCCAUUGCUCUCCUUCUUGGUAAAAUAGCCCUUACACAGCCUGGAGGUGUGUUGGGUCAUUGUCCUGUUGAAAAACAAAUGAUAGUCCCACUAAGCCCAAACCAGAUGGGAUGGCGUAUCGCUGUAGAAUGCUGUGGUAGCCAUGCUUUUUAAGUGUGCCUUGAAUUCUAAAUAAAUCACAGACAGUGUCACCAGCAAAGCACCCCUACACCAUAACACCUCCUCCUCCUAGCUUUACGGUGGGAAAUACACAUGCGGAGGUCAUCUGUUCACCGACACCGCGUCUCACAAAGACAUGGCGGUUGGAACCAAAAAUCUCAAUUUUGGACUCCAGACCAAAGGACAAAUUUCCAUCGGUCUAAUGUCCAUUGCUCGUGUUUCUUGGCCCAAGCAGGUCUCUUCUUCUUACUGGUGUCCUUUAGUAGUGGUUUCUUUGCAGCAAUUCGACAAUGAAGGCCUGAUUCACACAGUCCCCUCUGAACAGUCGAUGUUGAGAUGUGUCUGUUACUUUAACUCUGUUAAGCAUUUAUUUGGGCUGCAAUUUCUGGGGCUGGUAACUCUAAUAAACGUAUCCUCUGCAGCAGAGGUAACUCUGGGUCUUCCAUUCGUAAGGCGGUCCUCAUGGAAAAUGUUCCUUAUUGACUGACUGAAUGAUGGACUGUCUUUUCUCUUCGCUUAUUUGAGCUGUUCUUGCCAUAAUAUGGACUUGGUCUUUUACCAAAUAGGGCUGUCUUCUGUAUACCCCCCCCCCCCCCACACACACACACACAACCACACACACCUUGUCACAACACAGCUGAUUGGCUCAAACACGUUAAAAAAGGAAAGAAAUUCCACAAAUUAACUUUUAACAAGGCACACCUGUUAAUUGAAAUGCAUUCCAGGUGACUAACUCAUGAAGCUGGAGAAUGCCAAGAGUGUGCAAAGCUGUCAUCAAGGCAAAGGGUGGCUAUUUGAAGAAUCUCAAAUAUAAAAUAUAUUUGGAUUGGUUUAACACUUUUUUGGUUACUACAUGCUGUGUUAUUUCAUACUUUUGAUGUCUUCCACUAUCUACAAUGUAGAAAAUAGUAAAAAUAAAGAAAAACCCUUGAAUGAGUAGGUAUGUCCAAACUCUUGACUGGUACUGUAUAUAUUCCAGACACUGUUGGCACUAGAAACACAAGCAUUUUGCUGCACAGGCGAAAAUCAGCAAAUCUGUGUAUUCAACCAAUAAACUUUGAUUUGAUUUUGUUAGCAUUCUGGUUUUGUCCCUUACGUCCAUCUCACCUCUCCUCAUCCCUCUACAGGAAAUGAGUUUUGGGUGAGUGUGCAGAGGACCGAGGCCUCAGAGCGUUGUGGUCUGUUGGGAACCUACUGGCUGAAGGCUGACAAUGACAGUCUCAUACUGAAGGAGUCCAAGACGAAGAGUAUUCUACUGGUGUGGCCCUACAAACUACUGAGGCGAUAUGGACGAGAUAGGGUGGGUACUUUAUAUACAUGCACACAUUCUGUAAAGAGACACACACACACACACACACACAUACGUGCAUGGAUGCAGGCAUGAACACACACACAUUCAUUUUACACCUACAGCUAGGAAGUGACAUUUGUACAUUAAGGUUUAUAAGACCCUGCAGAGUUUCUCAUGCAGGUCUCACUCUCACUGUCUCUGAGAGACACACACUUUCACUCACACGCGCACACACACUCAUUCCUUUCACACUUACAGCUAGGAAGUGACAUUUGUACAUUGAUGUUUACAAGACCCUUCAUCUGCAGAGUUGCUCACGCAGGUCUCACUCCCACGGUCUCUGAGAGAUGCGCACGCUUUCACUCAUACACACACGCUCUUACAUAUGUCACACAUACAUUCUUAGCUUAUGCUAAGACAUAGGCCUCUGUGUACAAAUGUCACUUCCUAGCUGUAAGUGUGAAAGGAAUGAGUGUUUGUGUGUGUGUGGUCACCCUAAACACGUCAGAGAUAGAAUGAGGUGCUAAACGUCUCGCGCUACGAUGGGCCUCAUAUAUACAUAUAGAUACACCCAACGCUACCUGUGGUUAUUACUACGUAACCUUGACUAUGACCUGCUUUCUGUACAGUCAGUGGCUUUAGAGAUGGUGAGGUGUUGACAUUUUAAGGAGCUGGGGUCAUGUUGUUGGGAUGACUCAGGCUGACAGUUCGGUAAAAGUGCUUAUAUUGUUUAAUGUCUUGUCUAAUUAAUCAUAUCACAGACAAUAACUCUGACUCAUUAUACAUUAUCUUCAGAAUAAGAGUCAGAAUAAAACUAUGGCUUGUGUCUUCCUCCUCUCCAGGUGAUUGUAUAUGACAUCUAGAAUGUACUGUAAUACUGUAUAACGGGUUUCAAACUUAUUUGGCCCCGGGGGCCGCAUUUGGUCUUCAAAGAGGUCCGGAGGGCCGCACUGAAAAUGUCUUAUAUUUCCUUGCCACCAAAAUGUCCGAAGAAAUGGUCCUCUAUCCAUAAUUUUUGGUAAUUUCGAUGCUCUCCAACCUUCUAGUGAUUAGUAGCGAGCUGGACAGUCAAUAAACUGUAUGAAUACAGGUCCAUUAUCAUUUAUACACAGUUUCGAUUUGGUUUUAGUCAUUUUUAAGUAUUUUUUUUUGUAUUUUGUUAUUUUAUUUUCUUACUCAAACCAACCGCAGGCCAGAUUGGACCCCCUCACACAUAUGGCCUGCAUAUAACAUUGUUGUUUGUUGUUUUCUUCCAGGUGAUGUUUUCGUUUGAGGCAGGGCGGCGGUGUGAGUCUGGUCCAGGGAACUUCACCUUCGAGACCAAGCAGGGUAACGAGAUCUUCCUGAUCGCCGAGCAGGCCAUCCAAUCACAGAAGGCUUUGGCCGAGGAGCGCUACCCAAUGAGCAGCCUCGAAUCAGAACCUGGCCCCACCCUCAUGCAGCUACGCAACGCCAUGGCAUCGGGCGGCGGUGGCUUGGUAGUCGAAGGCAACAGCAGUAACCGGGAUCCAGAUGGGGAUUCCAGUUCCGGAGGGAGUAUGCCCGGAUCGGCCGAUGGAGUGUUCGGGAGGAGGGAGGGUGAUGGAGGGAAGAGCCAGGGUCAGAACUAUAAAGGGAGGAGUUUACCAGAGCCACCACCGUUGGUGAUAGGGGUGGGGGGGAUGUCCCCGCGCUUGCUCAUGUCUAGAGAAGGUUAGUGUCAUGAUGUUUAGUGUACUUUUAUAUUCUUGCUAAUUUUAAUGUGACUUUGGGUGUUUUGAAAAGCGCUUAAAAUUAAAUGUAUUAUUAUAAGGAGGUAAUUAUGAUCUGAUUAUAUUAUUUGGACUGCUGAUCGGUCUUUUUCGUGACUACAGUGAGGGAAAAAAGUAUUUGAUCCCCUGCUGAUUUUGUACGUUUGCCCACUGACAAAGACAUGAUCCGUCUAUAAUUUUAAUGGUAGGUUUAUUUGAACAGUGAGAGACAGAAUAACAACAAAAAAAUCCAGAAAAACGCAUGUCAAAAAUGUUAUAAAUUGAUUUGCAUUUUAAUGAGGGAAAUAAGUAUUCUGCAAAACAUGACUUAGUACUUGGUGGCAAAACCCUUGUUGGCAAUCACAGAGGUCAGACGUUUCUUGUAGUUGGCCACCAGGUUUGCACACAUCUCAGGAGGGAUUUUGUUCCACUCCUCUUUGCAGAUCUUCUCCAAGUCAUUAUGGUUUCGAGGCUGACAUUUGGCAACUCGACCCUUCAGCUCCCUCCACAGAUUUUCUAUGGGAUUAAGGUCUGGAGACUGGCUAGGCCACUCCAGGACCUUAAUGUGCUUCUUCUUGAGCUACUCCUUUGUUGCCUUGGCCGUGUAUUUUGGGUCAUUGUCAUGCUGGAAUACCCAUCCACAACCCAUUUUCAAUGCCCUGGCUGAGGGAAGGAGGUUCUCACCCAAGAUUUGACGGUACAUGGCCCCGUCCAUCGUCCCUUUGAUGCGGUGAAGUUGUCCUGUCCCCUUAGCAGAAAAACACCCCCAAAGCACAAUGUUUCCACCUCCAUGUUUGACGGUGGGGAUGGUGUUCUUAGGGUCAUAGGCAGCAUUCCUCCUCCUCCAAACACGGCUAGUUGAGUUGAUGCCAAAGAGCUCGAUUUUGGUCUCAUCUGACCACAACACUUUCACCCAGUUCUCCUCUGAAUCAUUCAGAUGUUCAUUGGCAAACUUCAGACGGCCCUAUAAAUGUGCUUUCUUGAGCAGGGGGACCUUGCGGGCGCUGCAGGAUUUCAGUCCUUCACGGCGUAGUGUGUUACCAAUUGUUUUCUAGGUGACUAUGGUCCCAGCUGCCUUGAGAUCAUUGACAAGGUCCUCCCGUGUAGUUCUGGGCUGAUUCCUCACUGUUCUCAUGAUCAUUGCAACUACACGAGGUGAGAUCUUGCAUGGAGCCCCAGUCCGAGGGAGAUUGACAGUUAUUUUGUGUUUCUUCCAUUUGCGAAUAAUCGCACCAACUGUUGUCACCUUCUCACCAAGCUGCUUGGUGAUGGUCUUGUGUAGGUCUACAAUCUUGUCCCUGACAUCCUUGGAGAGCUCUUUGGUCUUGGCCAUGGUGGAGAGUUUGGAAUCUGAUUGAUUGAUUGCUUCUGUGGACAGGUGUCUUUUAUACAGGUAACAAGCUGAGAUUAGGAGCACUCCCUUUAAGAGUGUGCUCCUAAUCUCAGCUCGUUACCUGUAUAAAAGACACCUGGGAGCCAGAAAUCUUUCUGAUUGAGAGGGGUCAAAUACUUAUUUCCCUCAUUAAAAUGCAAAUCAAUUUAUAACAUUUUUGACAUGCGUUUUUCUGGAUUUUUUGUUGUUAUUCUGUCUCUCACUGUUCAAAUAAACCUACCAUUAAAAUUAUAGACUGAUCAUUUCUUUGUCAGUGGGCAAACGUACAAAAUCAGCAGGGGAUCAAAUACUUUUUUCCCUCACUGUAUGUAUACUGAACAAAAAUGUACGCAACAUGCAACAAUUUCAAAUACUUUACUGAGUUACAGUUCAUAUAAGGCAAUCAGUCAAUUGAAAUAAAUAAAUGAGGCCCUAAUCUGUGGAUUUCACAUGACUGGGAAUACAGAUAUGCAUCUGUUGGUCACAGAUACCUUUAAAAAAAAAAAAAUUGGGGCCACCAUUUGUCUCAAGCAGCGCGACACAUCUCCUUCGCAUAGAGUUGAUCAGGCUUUUGAUUGUGGCCUGUGGAAUGUUGUCCCACUCCUCUUCAAUGGCUGUGUGAAGUUGCUGGAUAUUGGCGGGAACUGAAACACGCUGUCGUACACGUCGAUCCAGAGCAUCCCACACAUGCUCAAUGGGUGACAUUGGUGAGUAUGCAGGCCAUGGAAGAACUGGGACAUUUUCAGCUUCCAGGAGUUGUGUACAGAUUCUUGCGGUAUGGGGCCGUGCAUUAUCAUGCUGAAACAUGAGGUCAGGGCGGCGGAUGAAUGGCACGACAAUGGGCCUCAGGAUCUCGUCACAGUAUCUCUCUGCAUUCAAAUUGCCAUCGAUAAUGCAAUUGUGUUUGUUGUCCGUAGCUUAUGCCUGCCCAUACCAUAACCCCCAAAUUCUCUAAAACGACAUUAACAUUACAUUCUCUGUCAACAUCUCAGGUGGACAUUCUUGCAGUCAGCAUGCCAAUUGCACGCUCCCUUAAAACUUGAGACAUCUGUGGCAUUGUUUUGUGUGACAAAACUGCCCAUUUUAGAGUGGCCUUUUAUUUUCCCCAGCACAAGGUGCAGUUGUGUAAUGAUCAUGCUGUUUAAUCAGCUUCUUGAUAUGUCACACCUGUCAUGAGGAUGGAUUAUCUUGGCAAAGCAGAAAUGCUCACUAACAGGGAUGUAAACAAAUUUGUGCAACAAAUUUGAGAGAAAUACACUUUGUGCGUAUGGAAAAUUUCUGGGAUCUUUUAUUUCAGCUCAUGAAGCAUGGGACCAACAAUUUACAUGUUGUGUUUAUAUUUUUUUUCAGUGUACAUGAUGAACAAAAAUCAAUUUCCCCUCAGGGAUUAAUAAAGUAUUUAUUCUCUUUUUUUAUCUUAUGUAAAGGAGGAGUAGGAGCGCCCCAGUCUCAAGAAGAACAGGGGAGUGUGUACUCCGAACCAGCUGACUCCGUUCGCCUCCCCCUUCUCUCUACCGGUGACUUUCUCUACUCUGACCCUGUGGAUGCUAUCAAGACACAGACCCCUAACCCCCUAAACCUCACCCCCAUCCCCACCCCCCGACUCCGUCCCCUUUGCGGCGAGGGAGGGGUUACUGGAGUCGGGGGUCGUAACCAUAGCAACAACCAGCCCGAACCUCUCUACUCAGACCUUUAUGAUCGGGUCAGUAUGGAUUUGAUACAGAGGACAGGUGCUUUGGGGUUGGAGGGAGGUGGAGGAGGAGGGGGCAACAUGCGCUCGCUAAGGGGGCAGGCGGAAGCUUCAUCGUCACAUACCAACAGCGAGCACAUCUAUGAUGAACCAGAGGGGAGAGCAGGUGGUGGAGCAAUUUCGGGAAUAGGAAAGGGAGCUGGGGGGGCGACGACCCUUUCCGUCUGGAGGAACAUGGGGGGCGACGACCCUCCUCCUCAGCCCCACGAGGGGCUCUACAUCAAGGCUACGGACAGCUACGCAGUCCCCUCCUACGGAAAACAACCACAACCACAGCCUCCACCCAUCAUCAGAGCACCAGCCGGUGCCAAGUGGCCCCCCAAGCCAGUCACGGCCCCCAAGCUCAACAAGGCUGCUCUUCCUCGCAAGGAACCUGUGCCUCUGCCCCUGGGGAAGGCUGGGCCUGGAGGUCCUACUAACCUUAACAAUAUUAACAGUAGCGGAGGUUUUGGGAUUGGGGGAGGAUUUGGGGGAGGAGGAGGGGGAUACAUGGCUGGGGGUGUAGGUGGGGGAGGAGGGGGAGGCAGCGGUGGACGGAGGAAAUGGGAACUCUACAGUAAAGUGUCUCGACAUAAGACUCCAUCCAAUCCC